GCUGCUAAAAGAUGAUAGCUGGGGACAUAAGGUCUCCCCACUUUUAUAAUAAGAGGAUACUAAUUCUCUCUUUGGCUGACCAAAGGUGAGGGCAGAGGCUAGGGCACAUUAGGAUGUUCUUCCCCCUAUUUUCUUUUAUUAUACAGCUCCUAUCUGUUUGCAACAGGUGAGGAGAGGAGCUGGUGGACAGUGACUGUCCACCCCCCCCAUCAUUUACUUUGAAGACGCUAGGGAAACAUAUAUUUAGCCUUAGUAAAUAUAAAAAAUAUAAAAAAUGAUUUCGGUAAUUUUCACAGCAUUUUGCCAUCUGGGCAUUAUUUGACGUUUACCGAAAACGAAAUAUGUCCUGGCGUUUGGCAUCUAAUUUUUAAAUAACCACAGUUUGCAGUUUAAAAAACAAAAUACCCCAUGUAAGAUUCAGGAGUGCUAUUUCAGAAUGAUACCACACAGUCAUAAAAUAACAGACCAAUGUACAAUUAUUGUUAUUACUUGUACAACAGCAAUAAUUUCUACGAUGGGAAGACAAUAGGUAAAAUAGGUUAACAAAAAAGAACUGAUAGGGGGCGCUCAAGGAUUCCACUGAGGUCAUUAAUAUUAAGCUUCUCAUUUCAGAUCAUAGUCAGCCUGCAGUUGGCUAAGCAUUCUAGAAUUGGAGUCCAAAACGAAUACAGUAAGGAGUUCGGAAUAGUUUCACACAGCAAUGGAUAAACCCAUUCAACUCGUAACACUCCUUAGCCUGCGGACAGUCCCAACUGCGCAUGUGCGAUGACAUUUGUGGAUCCCAUUAUGGCGGAAAUCGCUUGUUUCCAAGGGGAGUAAAAUAAGUGCUGCACCAGGCCACCCGGAGGCUAAAGACCGAAACCCACACUCAUGUUGUCUCUUUCUUGAUACAAUAAACAUUUACUAAUGUCAAGAUUAACUUAUUACAUGUACCACGGCGCAUAGUGUGAGUCCCUGGCAUUGCACCACGCUCUGUGGUGCUACACAGCCAGCAAUAUGGAGACCCAGCUACAAAAUAUCUUCGAGGAGGUGGUGGUGAGUCCCAUGAUUUAAUUGUCUGAUACAUAAUAAUACAGAUAUAUUAACCACACAAAUAACAUAGUUUAUGUGUGUACAUUCCAAUGGCUGCGGUGCUGUAUCCUGAAUAUUCAAAUCAACAGAUCAACAUGCUUUAUUGGGACUAGAUAAAUAACAGGGUUUAUUCACUAAACAGGGAAUUCAACCAUUGAGUUCCAAAAUAUAGGUCAACAUUACUAUUUUAUACCUCUGGCUAAAAGAGACAGCUAUAGUCACAUCUCAUUUUAGUCUGUAUUAUACUUUAUUGUUUUGUGGGGGGUUUUUUCACCACAGGUAACGAUUUUAUUCACCACAGGACCAUUUUUUUAAAUUUACAUUAUUUAUAAACUGGGCAGAAACUAGCCAAAUUUAAAGGUCCACUAUAGGCACCCAGACUACUUCAGCUUUAUGAAGUGCUCUGGGUGACUGGUCCAGCUAGGGUUAAGACUUUUUUCUAUAAACAUAGCAGUUUCAGAGAAACUGCUUGUUUACAUAUGGGUUAAUCCAGCCUCUAGUGGCUGUCUCAUUGACAGCCGCUAAAGGCACUUCUCACUGUGAUUUUCUUAGUGAGAAGCUGCCAGCGUCCAUAGGAAAGCUCUGAGAAUGUUUUCCUAUGGACUGACUGCGUGUGCGGCUCUUGCCGCGCAUGCGCAUUUGGUCGAAGAGGGAGGAGAGUCCCCAGCGCAGAGGGAGCCCAGCGCUGGAGAAAGGUAAGCCUUUAACCCCUUCCUCCCCCUAGAGGACGGCGGGAGGGGGGCCAUGAGGGUGGGGGGUCCUAUUAACACUAUAGUGCCAGAAAAACGAGUUUGUUUUCCUGGCACUAUAGUGGUCCUUUAAAACUGAAACUACAGUCAUUAGAACCACUACAGCUUAAUGUAGUUGUUCUGGUUUUCAGAGAAAAAUACAGUGUUUACAUUACUGCCUGGUAACACCUCUAGUGGCAAUCACUGAAACUGCCAUUAGAGGUGCUUCUUUUUCCAACAUUGUGUAGUACCUAUGUUCACCGUCUCCACACUCUUCGUGGAGGCGUUGAGUGUUCUCCAUAGAGAUGCACUGAUAUAAUGUAUCUCUAAAGGAGAUGCUGAUUGGCGCAGAGCAGAGUUUUACCGUGCAUGCGCAAUAGCCUCCAAAUAUUUUGCUAUGGAAAAUCAUUGGCUUGGCUGAGAUCAUCAAGAUUGAUACUCGGCCAUAACGCCAGGGCCAACCAUGGUGAGACUUCCACGGCAUGGAAAAAUUGGUGAGUAAAAACACUUUUCCCAUGCGAUCAGAUUGAGGUUGGUCACCUAAACAAACACACACUCACUGACAGACAGAAACACACAUACUAACGGACAGACACACUUACAAAUUAUGUUUUUCUUUUAAGUCCACCCUGCCUUUGGGAGAGCUGGAGUGGAUCCUUUCCAAGGGGUCCAGUGUAGCUGCUGAAAUCUUCAAGCUCCUCUUGCUCUGCUCCCUCACGCGCUGUUUAGGUUUAGCGAUGCUGGGGCCAUGGUUUAUGUCAUAUUCCAGCUCCCGGUAUCACAGCAGGGCACACAAAGGAGCAUAGCAAGAACAGGAAGGUUUCAACUCCCUAGCUGUCCACCUACAUUCUCCCUAGGCUGGCUGUUGCAGGGGGAGUGGGCUAAAACAUAUCCAGGAUUUAUCGAGCUUGACAUAGUAUACAAUAUACAAAAGAGAUGACAAAAUACUCCCCCCCCCCCUCAUUUUUAGGUAUAAAACACUGUAUUUAAAGGGACAUAGUCACCUGAACAACUUUAGCUUAAUGAAGCAGUUUUGGUGUAUAGAACAUGCUCCUGCAGCCUCACUGCUCAAUCAUCUGCCAUUUAGGGGUUAAAUCCCUUUGUUUAUGAAUCCUAGUCUCACACUCCCCGCAUGUGACUUGCACAGCCUUCCAUAAACACUUCCUGUAAAGAGAGCCCUAUUUAGGCUUUCUUUAUUUCAAGUUCUGUUUAAUUAAGAUUUUCUUAUCCCCUGUUAUGUUAAUAGCUUGCUAGACCAUGCAAGAGCCUCCUGUAUGUGAUUAAAGUUCAAUUUAGAGAUUGAGAUGCAAUUAUUCAAGGUAAAUUACAUCUGUUUGAAAGUGAAACCAGUUUUAUUUCAUGCAGGCUCUGUCAAUCACAGCCAGGGGAGGUGUGGCUAGGGCUGCAUAAACAGAAACAAAGUGAUUUAACUCCUAAAUGACAGUGAAUUGAGCAGUGAAAUUGCAGGGUAAUGAUCUAUACACUAAAACUGCUUUAUUUAGCUAAAGUAAUUUAGGUGACUAUAGUGUUCCUUUAACCAGAGUAUCCAAAUAUCAAAACUGAUUAAAUGACUUCUAGAAAAAGCAAAGUGGUGUUGAGUACACUCUGAAUUGUACUUAUUUAAACUUCAAAUUGCAAAACUGAGGCAAAAUUAGUAAAGAUGUGACUAUAUUAAAAUUAGAGAGAAUUUUUUUCCUGAUCCAGCAUUGUCAGGCAGUCAGUGUUGUGCUCAAUGAAUAAAGUUGAUGUUGGGGAAGUCUUAAUUCCUCAUUAUCUAUCUGGAGGAAGAUUCCAGUUUGUCAAUCCUGUCCUAAAUGUUUUGACAUUUAACUAGGGUCAGCACUUUGACAAUCCAGAAUGCAGAACCACUGCACCAAGCACUUUAUAGUGGCAGCAGUUUGUUUACCUUUAGACAAUGUAACAAUUUAAUGCAUCUAUAGUUAGCAAACAUUUGUCAAAGUUAUCAGCCUUCUUUUUGUGUCGUUCCCCCCCGCCCCCCUGAAUCCCGACUUUCAUAUUGCAUUGUUACUGUGGGUUUCUACAUUAAAGCUCCCAUUUUAUGUUUUGGAAUAUGGGUUAAAUAAAUUCCCUGUAAUCAGAACAGUUCAAACAUGUCUCUUCUACUGUUGAAUUACUCAAUGCAUUUUUUUUGCUACACUGUAUCUUUAAUGAUUUUUACAUUUAUGUACAGAUGCAAGGUAGUGCUUCCACCUUGCCUCCUUUGCAGUUACAAACUUAAAUCUGUCCAGCAGUUAUGGCAAGAUAUCAUCAUUAAGGGAAAGCACAUGAGGUGUUUUAGUAAAUAUAAAUAACACACAAUUUCUUUAGCUCUUAUUUAUUUGUGCUUUAUUUUACAGAAAACAGAAGUGAUAGAGGAAGCUUUUGCUGGGUGAGAUUCUUAUUUUAUAUUUUCUUAUAAACAUGCAUGACACAUUCGUUUUUCUCAGCUGUGUAUGCAACAGUGCAUAUAAUUUUUUUUUUUUUUUCAGUAUGUUUAUGGACACACCGGAGGAUGAAAGAACAAAGCUAAUAAGUUGCCUGGGGGCUUUCAGACAGUAUUGGAGUGUCCUUCCUCAGGUAAAAGUCAAGUGCUUAAUGUUCACACUAUAUUCCUCUUCCAACCACUCAACAAUAUUGCAAUAUGUAGGUUAGGUUACAGGUAGUUAUGAUUAGUAGUGAUGUCCCGAACGGUUCGCCGCGGACUCACCAUUGAGUAAACUUUGACCCUGUACCUCACAGUCAGCAGACACAUUCCAGCCAAUCAGCAGCAGACCCUCCCUCCCAGAACCUCCCACCUCCUGGACAGCAUCCAUUUUGAAGCUGCAUUCUUAGUGAGUUGUCCAGGAGGUGGGAGGGUCUGGGAGGGAGGGUCUGCUGCUGAUUGGCUGGAUUGUGUCUGCUGACUGUGAGGUACAGGGUCAAAGUUUACUCACUGAUGAGUCCGCGGCGAACCGUUCGGGACAUCACUAAUGAUUAGUGAUUAUUUUUUUCUCUCUCUUUUUUUUUUUUAAGAACUAAUUAGUUUAGUAUUCUGGGAGUUAUAGUUCAUCUAAGAUAAGAGCAGACCUAAUUAAAAACAAUAUAUUCAAACUUUAUUAGUAAUCCAAAAAAUGUAAAAAAACACAGAAAUAAUUCAAAUAGCUAAUUUAGGACCAGAUGAGAUAUGCCUGUUUUUUUUUUGCAUGUAUAUACAUUUCUAAGCAUCACAAGUCUAAAUAAUAUUGAAUGACAGUGUUGCAGAAAAAGAGUGUUGCAAAAAAAAAAAUAAUAUAAUCAAUCCACAAUAGUAAAGGAUUGCAUAUCAGUCACACAUGGUGAUAAAUGAACCAAGAGGGGAGAGAGAGACAAUAACAAAGAAAAAUAACCCCCCUCUCCCAAAGUUUUGGCCACAAUCCUUUAUCAAGAGUGAUUUCUGACCUUCAAAGAACAGGGUUAUCAUUUAUUUUACUUUAUGUGUGCCCUUCAGAAGGAGUAAUUUAGUCAUACUUCAUCUGCCACUUCUCUUCAGCACAUAGCUGACAAUUGAAAUACAAUUCCCCGAAAUCUUUUUUGCUCCCAUAUAUUAUUUUUUUUUAUUGGCAUUUAUAUAGCGCCAACUUAUUCUACAACGCUAUUUAACAGAGACAAACUAUUACACAUUUUGUCUGGAGUAAUAGGUUCUCGAGGAGCCUGCUCAAACGAGCUUACAAUCUAGAUUAGGUAAGAUAUAAAAACACAGUAGGAAAGGUAGCGUUCACGAUGUCAUCCAGGGGAUACGAUGGGAAAGCGGCAGAAUUGGAGAAUGUAGAUGAGUGUGGAUCCACUAAUUAAGUUGAGAAAGUAAGAUAUACUUGAGAAGUGAGUUGCCCUUAUAUGCCAUAGGCUAUUCUGAAGACAUGGGUUUUAACACCUUAAGGACCAAACUUCUGGAAUAAAAGGGAAUCAUGACAUGUCACACAUGUCAUGUGUCCUUAAGGGGUUAUGGGAUAUCUUAAAGAAUUAAAGACUGGGAGAGCGGAAAGAAGGCUGUUCUAUAGGAAUGGAGUGACCCAAGGGAAGUCCUGUAAUUACUAUAGAAAGUAUUAUGUAAGCAGCAGUCACAGCCUGGCAUUUUGGAAACCUGUUUUUAUUUAUUUUUAUUUAUAAAUAUUUGUUUUUGCAUAUAUAUGUAUAAUGAAUUAAAGGGAUUAUUGUUUAAUCAGACAUUGAAAAUCACCUAUAAUUUAUUGAUGUAAUGUGAUUUUUUUUUUUUUCUUUGUUUAUUACUAAUGAGUAACACGAGCACUGAUGAGUGGUCCUUAUAUCUUUAUUUUUUUUGUACUCAGGAGUCCCAUGAACAAUGUGUCCAGUGGGUUGUAAGGUUUAUUCAUGGGCAACACAGUCCAAAACGGAUUUCAUUUCUCUAUGACUGUUUAGCAAUGGCUGUUGAAACUGGGCUUCUUCCACCAAGGUAUUUUACUAGUGCUUUUAUAUGUUCUAAUCUGUGUGAAUUAUGUAUAUGUUAAUUUAUAGGGUUUGAAGAAGACGUAAAGCAAGAAAUAUAUUGAUGCUUGAAAGCAAAAUUUGUCAUCAUUUGCUUUGUAAUUUUAACUGAGUCUAUAGUUUGCUACAUCUCAAAGCAGCUCUUUCACUUUCUGGUGUCUUUGCAAUUUUGCAAAGACCCCUUAUAGUGACAUUGCAGCUUAUGGUGCAGUUAUGGUGAAUUAUAUUUGCUUAAUGCUGUCCCUUGUGGACACUAUCUUCUUACUUUGGAUCCUGGAGAUAUAUCCACCUGCUUGAGACUCUGAUGUCUGAUUUUCUGUUAUAAAACUAAAUUUUUUGAGUGGUACAUGGUGCAACAGUUAAAGUCCUUUAACCUUUCCUGGCAAUUUUACCUUGCAAUCCAUGAACCAGAUUUGUGGCCCUUCUCUGAACUCUCUCCGAAGUAUCAAUAUCCUUCUUGAGAUAUGGUCUUCAGUACUACCUACAAUACUGCAGUGUUCUGUACAAUGGCAUGACCACUUCCCUCUUUCUACUGCUAAUACCUCUCCCAAUACAACUAAGCAUUCUGCUAGCAUGUCCUGCUGCUCUAUUACAUCAUCUGCCUACCUUUAGGUCAUCUUAAAUAAUUACUUCUAAAUCCCUUUCCUCAGAUGUUGAGAUUAGUAGGGUAUCAAAUAUCCUAUACUCUGCCCUUUGGUUUUUACGUCCAUUAUCUUGCACUUAUCCACAUUAAAUGUCAGUUGUCACAGCUCUGACCAUUUUUAUAGUUUACCUAAAUCAUUUGCCAUUUGGCUUAUCCCUCCUGGAACAUCAACCCUGUUGCAAAUCAUAGUAUCAUCAGCAAAAAAACACAUCUUACCACCAAGACCUUCUGCAAUAUCACUAAUAAAAAUAUAGAGAAUUCGUCAAAGUAUAGAUCCUUGAGGUACCCCACUGGUAACAAGACCUUCCUUCGAAUAUACUCCAGUAAGUAAAAUCCUCUAUUGCCUGUCACUCAACCAUCGCCUAACCCAAAAAUGGUUUGCAACUUACCUUGGUCACACCAGGUGUCCAUCACCACCUCCUAUGGUGCUCGAAGCAUCUGCAGGGAACUUUUAUUUGCACCAUUGAGCUAAGUCCUACAGUAGGGUGAGAGAGUUAGCUGAGAACUGUUUGUAAAUCUGGCCCUGCAUGGCUAGGCUUAGCUCAUUGGCAGAGCUAGUGGCUGCAAUGAGCACAUGACAGGACCCAGUUAAGUUGUCAAUUGGUUAUGGUGCUCAUAUUGUUUCAUUAGUAGAGUAUGACACUACUAUUCCAAAAUAUUGUUGGUAUCCAAAUCUUGUUAUUCAUCAGGAACUAUUUUCCUAUUUUUCUCUUUUUAUUUUUUUAGAAUGGUCUGUGAGUCUCUAGUUAACUCGGACACCCUGGAAUGGGAAAGAACACAGCUAUGGGUAUUAACAUUCAAACUUGUCCGGAAGAUUAUUGGUGGCGUUGAUUACAAGGUAACUAUAUUUGAAGGUUAUGCUUAUUAGAACACACAAACUCGCACACACACAUCUAUACUUUUUGUAAUUAAGAAUAUUCCAAGAGUUUGAUAAAAUAUGCUGCCUGGAAGUGUGUUCCAAAAUGUUUAACAGAGCAAAAGGUUUAUUUUAAACUUUGUUUUGACUUCACUGACUGAGCUAUCUGCAGCUGGCUUAUAUGUCCAAGUAAGCUGAUGUAUUCGCUUACAUUCAUCAAAUGCAUACAGCUUCCCUUCUCUCUUACUAUCUUACAGAAUGAGCCCCAAGAUUUUAUAGAUAACAUUGCUUGAAAACCAUGAAAAACCUUGCCAAACUCUGUGUGUGGAAGUCUGCAUACAUAGUACAUUAAAAUGAUGGCUUCACUGAUGGAUCUUCCUCAUUGAACAUUGUUUAGUAAAUGUCUGUAUCCUGAUUAUCUGCUUGAAAUCAUUUUGUCACCUCUGAGGGCCAGUAACAGUUCAUGCUCUUCAGACAAUCUCUCCUUUGUCUGCAAAUGCAUGGGGAGGUGAGAAGCAGAUAAAUAAUGUGCUAAAUUCCUCUUUUGUUCUAAAGCAGACUGCACAACUCACUGCACAACUAAAACGUCUCACAUUUGACCAGGUAGCUUAUUUUUCUAUAAUCUUCAGCAGUAGAAGGAUUUUAAGUUAAUUCUUUUAAAACAUGUUAUAUAAAAAACAAAUGUCAUGUGAAAUUCAAGUUUUAGAGACUUGGAUUCUGAUAUGUUGAACACUAAACCCUUAUAUAUACAUAUUAACUCAUAGGCGUACCCACAUGGCAUUGAUUAAAUGUUUAAUGUGAGGGAAAAAAAAGUAUUAAUGAGAGAGAAGAGAUGCAUUUCUGGCAUUUCUUGUCUGAUGAUUUGAUUGUAGCAAGAUCUGCACCUUGUCGUUACACAACUAUUUGGUCAUUAAAAAGUUAUAUAUCAAGACAUUCAAUUACAUGCAGUUUAUACACAACUCAUUGAUAAGUUAAAUGAAUGUCGUCAAAUGGAGAUAUGAAAUUAGGUAGUCAUGGAGACCAUGUCAGUGUGUCACAUAGAAUUCUGAAACCACACAAAGUCCAUGUGAUAUUGUGAGUCACCUAUUCCUUGUAAAAAGUAUAUAUACUAUGUUAGGAGUUAGAUAUGUAACAGCAUAUGUAAAUGGUUACUUCAAACCUUUUUUUAACUAUUUAUUUUCUACUUAUUUACUUGGAUUGGUGGAGAGGAGGGAGCACACAAGCAAGGGAGGAUAGGAAGAGAUAUACAUGCUUCCCUUUUCAAGCGUGCUUCCAGAUUCCAUUUUCAAUAACCAUUUCUAAAUGCAGAAGAGGCCAUGGAGGCAGUCUUAACCAUUUAAAGAGACACUAACACAUUCCUAUUUUAUUGUUUUUCCCAAAUGGGUUAUACAAGUAACUGCAUGAUAUUGCAAUACUGAACAAGUCACAGCAUGCCUUUUUGAUUAAUAUUUUGUAAAAUGGGGAAUAUUAUUACAGGGCAUGAAAACAGUACAUGGUUUCAUAUAAUACUUAACUGAAAAAUAUUCUGGUUUACUCAAAAACUUAUCUUUGCAAAGCCAAAUGUAUCAUCAUAAGAAAAAAGGUUUAUUUUUAAUAUAACAGAUUGUUUUCAUUAACUUAUCUGUAGCACAAUAACCUAUUGUUGUACCAUAUAUCUUUAGCAAACAAGAAAGCAUAAAAAAAAUCUUAAGCUUUGUAUGAGCGAUUACAUAAAUGACAACGAUCCUUGAUACUGCUUAAAGUCCAUAUUCACAGCUAAUUAGUUUGUUAUAAUGUUGUAAUAACUAUUGCAAAUAAAGAAUGUUUAGGCUGUCCAGUAUUAAAGGGCAAUUUCUGAUUAUCAUUAAUUACAAAGUAAACGUCUUAAAGAUCACUCAACUGGUUAUAAGUAAUGUGCAUAUUCAUUUUGUUAUAUGUUUGAAGUAUGCACUAACAUAGGUUAUGCUCUGAUAUAGUAUUUCUUAUUUUGUUUUCUUUCUUUGUUCCUCAGGGUGUGCGAGAUCUAUUAAAAGUGAUACUGGAAAAAAUUCAAACUGUUCCAAACACUGUCAGCUCUGCAGUUGUACAGCAACUACUAGCAGCAAGAGAGGUAACAGUUGUAUGACUAGUUAGAAACUGUAUAGUAAAAUUACCUUUACACAAUGAAAUAUAAAAAUAAAUCUAAUGCACUGGGCUGUAGUCUAAAACAAAUCAAAUUCACUAAAAAUAUCCUUUUUAUUUUAGUAGAAACAAAUGUUAUUGUUGAUGAAGGACCGAUCAAAUUACAGUAUUGAAGGGAAACAAAAAAAACUAUUCCCCAAUACCUAUCAUAUAUUCUAGCUACUGGGGUUGCAAGGGUUCUUCACUGCACAAACUUCUGUUGGUACAUGCUAAUUAUUGGUCUGGCAAUGUAUUCAGGGUUUUAAUGUCUGUAACCUCUGCACAUAAGAUUGUGAGGGAAAAAACAAGAGUGUUCCAUGUUGUGUAAGAAAAGAGGUUGGUUCCCCUUUAACCUUGACCAUCAAGGUUUAGUCCAUUUACUGUUUUUGUGCAUAUGUUUGAUUCCACUUCACUGUUCUCAGGUUCUGAAUCCACUUCCAUUGAACUGUAAUCUGUUCACAAGUGUAAUGUGGCAUGUUUCUGUAUUUAGGUUGUAGCCUAUAUCUUGGAAAGGAAUGCCUGCCUUCUCCCUGCCUAUUUUGCAGUGACUGAAAUCCGCAAGCUCUACCCUGAAGGGAAACUCCCACAUUGGGUAAGUGUUUAGCUUCAUGGAACAGGCAUAUUUUUAAAAUCAAAAUAAUACAUUUUGAAACAUUUUUAUAAAGCUGUGUUUCACUAAAAAAACUAAGCACUGUUGAUGCAUCCACGUUAAGGAUUUGCAAGAAUGGACUGGUCACCAGAAGAUAAUUUCACUGGCACACUGGCUUGCACUGUUAGUGGCUACAGUGACCCAAGCAGAACAGAUACUUGGUAGUGUAUUUGUUAGAAAUACCUUCCGAAUGUUCUCUCUAAUAUAUUGGGAGGCACCUCGAACAGUUUCCAUCUGUGUAGGGCUCCAAGAACAAAUGUUUAAAAUACUUAUAAGGUGGCACACCACUCAACUAAAGAUUUUAAGAUGGGUAAAACCCCCAAAUGACUCUUGUUGGAGAAAUUGCGGUUCGAAGGGGACAUAUAAAUAUAUAUGGUGGGAUUUCCCCUAGGUCAUUCCCUAUUGGGAAAGGGUUAAGGAUUUACUGUCUAAAAUUUUUCACAGGCCUUUUAUUUUUGAUCCAUGGGUUUUCCUUCUAUCCGAAAUUAUUUAUAAUUCUCAAGCUCUUAAAGAUUGUGGACUUUGGCGGCUGGCUGGUAACAUUCCAAUGUUUCUAUUAUGGCUGGGGUUAGGAGUAAAAUGACUGAUAAUUAUUUAAUGAACAAGCUUACUACAAUAGUCCAUAAUUCUAUGAAGACCUUCACAAGGGUGUGGGUGCCAUGGGAGGAAUAGUUAUGGUUUUGUGAUGGGUACCUUGGUUUGUUUAGAUUUUGCUUUUUUGUUGUCUUUUACUUGCUUUAUUUUGAAUUUUUUUCUAUUUUUGUGCUGUGGGUAUCCUAGAUGGAUGAGGGCUAUGAACUGUACUAGUUUGUUUACCUUGGCAUUGCUCUGUAGCAGUCUUUUUGGGCAUAUGUUGCUAAUCCAAAAUGUUUUGGAUCUCUGGUCACUUGUCUUUUGUAGUGGAUAAUCGUAUGUGAACCUGAAUAAAAAUAUUUUCUGUGAGCAUUACAAUUCUCUUUGUAGUUGUGUAAUAAUGAUUGAUACACACUAGUCAUGCCAAAUAAUAGGUUCUAUACAUGGGCAUCCGCAGGAAUCUUUCCAGGGGUCGGGCAUAAUUAUGACAUCCAUGUGUGGCCCCUUUUUUGACAGUGUCAUGAAGGGGAGGGGCAUAGUCAUUAUCACAUAAAGCCAGGGUAAAUAGUGUUUUCACAACUAUGGUGUCAGGAAUACAUGUGUGUUUUCCUGACACUAUAGUGUUCCUUUAAUCAAAUUAAAGGAACAUUCUGGUCACCAUAACAACUUCAUCUAACUGAAAAUGCUAUGAUGCCAGGAGGCCCCUAGGUGCUCUCUUUUCUUUUAAGGGAUUAAAACUUUGUGCUCCUUUUGCCCCUUCCAGCUCCUUGCUGCCCCUUUCUGCUCCUUGCUGACCUUCCUGCUCAUUUCUGUUCCUGCUCCUUCUCCUACUUUACCUUCCUGCUCCUUGCUGACCUUUCUGCCCUUGCUGUUCCUUUCUGCUCCUUUUCCUACUUUACUUUUGUGCUCCUUCUGAUUCUUUUUGCUCCUUUACAUUUGUGCUCCUUUUGUCCCUUCCUGCCCCUUGCAGACCCUUCAUGCUUUUUGCAGACACUUGUUGCCCUUUCCUGCUUCUUGCCUACCCUUGCUGCCCCUUCCUGCUCCCUGCAGGCCCUUCCUGUUCUUUUCUGCUCCUUCUACCCCUUUCUGCUCCUUGAUAUCCCUUCCUGCUCAUUUCUGUUCCUUCUCCUUUCUGCUCCUUCUCCUACUUUACCUUCCUGCUUCUUGCCGACCCUUCCUGUAUGCUGCCCACCCCUCACCUAAUCUGUAGGUUGCCCCCCAUCCCACACUUACCUGAUCUGUAGGCUGUCUCCCAUCCCUCACUUACCUGAUCUGUAGGCUGUCUCUGCAGUCUGGUAGUUGCUGGCUGCACUCCGUGCUGCUCCCCUGCGGAUUCAGUCAGGAGAGAGAAGCAGGGAUAAGAUGUAGCUCCCUAUCCUUGCCUUUCUCCACACACAGCACCACCUACUGGCCGGCGCCGGUAGUGCAGUGUAUUAUCAAUCUCGAAAGAAAAAUACAGAUGCAAACUGAAAAAUCCAAGACGUGUCUCCCUUUGCCCACCCUGCGGAUGCCCAUGGUUCUGUGAGUGAAAAUGACUCCAAAAAGUUCUGAACUUAAAAUGAAAAAUUCUAUUAUAUGUAUAUGUACUAAAAAGAGAUUUAAAAAUCCCAGUGGACCACAAGAACUCAAAGAUUAAAACAUUGGUUUUAAUUUUCUUUUUUUCACUUUUUUUCAGUUGUUGGGAAAUCUGGUAUCAGACUUUGUGGACAGUUUUCGGCCUACAGCACGAAUCAAUUCAAUUUGCGGUAAGAAGUAUAUCUUUGAAUAAUUAAUUCAAAAGUAUAAAAUCACUAAAGCAGACACAGGAAAAAGAGUUCUGUAAUGUUUUGCAUAGAGUGAUACUUUGUGAAGACUUUAUGCAGGGAAUGAGAGGACAAGGAUGUGUGUUUUUCUUUUCACAAAGCAACUGUGUCCCACCCCAAAAUUAUUAUACGGUAUUUUGCGAUCUACUUGCAUAUAGUUAUAGUUAACCAGGGAUGAGACUCUGAGAUGCCUUCAAUGUUCAUAUCUUCAAACUAGGUAUUUUACUACUACCACUCGAUACCACAUAAAGAGAAACUAAAUUAAAAACUGUCCUAAUUAGAAAAAUGAUGUGUAAGGCAAGAUGCUUCCAAUGCUAAUGGAGUAGGAAAGGGACAUUGGAUUUAAGUGGUCACUGUAGAUGCUAUAAACCUUUCAUCUUAUUGGUGCGAUUCCUCAUGCCAGUGUUAAAAGAAAAAGGACAGAAGCUGUCUACAAAAUGAAUAAGGGGAAUGGAAAAUAUUAGUUAUGAAGAAAUACUAAAUACAAACCAUUGUCUGAAAAUCUAAUUAAACAUAUUGGACAAGGUCACCCAUUAAGACUGGAAUGAUUAGUAUUUACUCUAAGGCAAAGUAAAGUGUUUUUUAUUUUAUUUUAUUUUUUUAUUUCUUUUACAGUAUGUACAAUAAAGAUAUGGAAUUCUUUAACCAAAGAGCAAAGAGUUGCUUUUAUCAGAGUCUGUAAAGAUGUGUAAACAGCGACUAAAUGAAUUCAUGCAAAACCAUAAUAUUCAGGGAUAUAAUAUUUAAUUUGAGGGUUAAUAGCUUCUUGAUCGAGGUAGAGAUCUGACUGCCAUUCUAGUGUCAAUUAGGAUUUUUUUGUUAGUUGCAAAAUUGGAAAAGUGUAUUUUUUGCCAUCUUUUGGAUCGCAGAAUCGGAUGUGAGAAAGGCUGAACUUAACUUUUUUUUUCUUCAGCCUUUGUAACUAUGUAAAACAUUUUUGAUUAGUUUAACACUGAACAAAGGUCCUUUACUGUCCACAGCCAAGUCCCCACUGUAGGCAUGACUAAGGCAGAAAUACCAGUACCAAUAUCAAUACUAGUUUGUAACAGCAAUGGCCAGCUGUGAUAAGCUGAAAGUGGUCAUCUGAUACCCCCUCCCCUCACCCCCCCUCCUGCUGGGAAGUCUUAUUUAGCAUCAUUAAAAAUUGUUUAACACUGAACAGAAGGUUGGCAACGACACUAUAAUCAUUUUAAUCAGUGAAGCAGUUAUAAUACUUACAGUGUCUCUUAAUAUUACAGGGGGUUGGAAGAAGAUGCUUUGGAUGUCAUUCACCGAGCACAAUUAAUAUUAUUUAGGCAGGUCAACUGCCAAGAUAUAAACUAAACAUUGAUUUCAUAUUUACAGAACAUUUGAAGACCUACAUAAAAUUAACCAGUUGAAAUCUUACAGUUGGACAUGUAAAGCUGGGCCUGGCUCCUUCAAGCAUAUAUAGUGGUAUUAGAUCUAAAUUGCACUGUUCUAGCAAUGGAUUCAAGAGUUCUUAGUGAAAUAUUUGACAAUACCCCUAUUUAAUCCGAACUUGUGUUUAUCCAUUGUACUAAUGCCCAUCUUUGCUAAUCCCUCCCCCCCCAAAUAAAUAAAUAAAUCUAUUUUGAGAUGCAUCCUAAAUGAGGCCAAAUCCCUGAUACCUGCCCCUUCACCAGAGCUUUGAAAAAAAGGGGAAUUUGCUCAUGUGAUGUCCUCACUAUAUAAUACCAUUUGAAAUCUACACUACCAUGAAGAUUGUUGAGCUCAUGGUUUGAGUAUAUAUCAAGUGUAAUAAAGGAUCUCUUUCUGCUUACUUAAUCAGCUACUUUCUGGAGUACGUCUCAACUUCUCAUAUUAGGCCUAUUCUCCACAUCUCUCCCACUGUCCUGAUCCCAUCUCCUCUCCCCCAGUCUUUUGUCAGAUAAGAUGCUUAUCAGUUUUUAGGUUUAAAAAAAAUAAAAAAAAAUAUAUAUAUAUUUAUAUAAACUUAAUCAUGUAGAACUGUAACCAUUUUUUUUUUUAAUUUCACUGUGUGCAGGGCGUUGCAGUCUUCUCCCUGUGGUGAACAAUUCAGGCGCUAUCUGUAACUCCUGGAAACUGGAUCCACUGACACUACGUUUCCCUUUAAAAGGACUUUUGCCCUAUGAUAAGGUAUAAUUUCUUUAGCUAUGAUGAUUUUAUAGCUUGAAACACAUCUGCUAUUUCUAUACCCAGGCAUGAGAAUGCUACAGAAUACAAAAGCAACUUCCCCAUGUUUUGUUAACUUACGUUAUAUGAAUCUCAAAUAUGUUCACAUGUUUAUGCAUAUAUGUGUACAUUUAAUCAUGCAUACUCUUAUCAGCAGUGUUACACCAUCCCUAUAAAUGCAAAGACACUUCCACAGGGAAGACAGUUUUGCAGAUGUACUGUUUAGUGCAACCGUUGUUUGUCUUUCAUCAGUCCUAUAAUUGCUGGUGGUGCUGCUAGUCUGUACUAAUUCUUUCCAGUUCACUGCAUUAAGUCACAGUCUGGUCAAUCUUAGUCCUGUGCAUAUCCUACCAAGACACUUUCCAGCCAACUAAGUCUUCAUCCUGUUCUGGAUUCAGUCUCUUUACAUUCUAGCCAUAUCAAUAAGCAAUAAACUCCCAGCAAAUUACAACAUAAAGGGGAUCAACCAGCAAAUAAAAUAAAGCAAUAAAAUCCCAGCAAAUGACAACAUAAAGGGGAUCAACCGGCCAUCAAAAGUGGCUGUCUGUUAGGCAUUGCUCAGAUUCCCAUAGAAUAAAGCAUGAAUGUGUUGCUGUAUGUGUAAAUAUUUUCAUUAAUGUAUUAAUAAUUGAAUAUGUCCAGAGCCAGUUAUAGUUAUGUCUGACAUACAAUAGUAGGGUGGAUACCGCAUAAAAAGGUAAAAAAAAAAAAAAGUCUAGUAUUCUAGUCCUUGAUUUGUGGCUGUAAGAAAUGUAUCUACACCGAACAAAAUUUAUAAACGCAACACUUAUUUUUGCCCCCAUUUUUCAUGAGCUGAAAUCAAAGAUCGAAGACUUUUUUUCUUUGUACACAAAAGGCCUAUUUUUCUCAAAUGUUGUUAACAAACCUUAUAAAUCUGUGUUAGUGAGCACUUCUCCUUUGCCGAGAUAAUUCAUCCACCUCACAGGUGUGGCAUAUCAAGAUACUGAUUAGACAGCAUGAUUAUUGCAAAGGUGUGCCUUAGGCUGGCCACAAUAAAAUGCGCAGUUUUAUCACACAGCACAAUGCCACAGAUGUCGCACGUUUUGAGGGAGCAUGCAAUUGGCAUGCUGACUGCAGGAAUGUCCACCAGAGUUGUUGCCCAUAAAUUGAAUGUUCAUUUCUCUACCAUAAGCUGUCUCCAAAGGCGUUUCAGAGAAUUUGGCAGUACAUCCAACCUGCCUCACAACCGUAGAUCAUGUGUAACCACACCAGCUCAGGACCUCCACAUCCAGCAUCUUCACCUCCAAGAUCGUCUGAGACCAGCCACCCGGACAGCUGCUCCAACAAUCGGUUUGCAUAACCAAAGAAUUUCUGCACAAACUGUCAGAAACCGUCUCAGGGAAAUUCCUCUGCAUGCUUGACUGCAGUUCGUCAUCGUAACCGACUGGAGUGGGCAAAUUCUCACAUUCGAUGGCGUCUGGCACUUUGGAGAGGUGUUCUCUUCACAGAUUAAUUCCGGUUUUCACUGUACAGGGCAGAUAGCAGUCAGCGUGUGUGGCGUCAUGUGGGUGAGCGGUUUGCUGAUUUCAAAGUUGUGGAUCGAGUGGCCCAUGGUGGCGGUGAGGUUAUGGUAUGGGCAGGCGUAUAUUAUGGGCAACGAACACAGGUGCAUUUUAUUGAUGGCAUUUUCAAUGCUCAGAGAUACUGUGACGAGAUUCAUGUUUCAGCAUGAUAAUCCACGGCUCCAUAUUGCAAGGAUUUGUACACAAUUCCUGGAAGCUGAAAAAAAUCCCAGUUCUUGCAUGGCCAGCAUACUCACCGAACAUGUCGCCAAUUGAGCAUGUUUGGGAUGCUCUGGAUCGGCGUAUAUGACAGCGUGUUCCAGGUCCUGACAAUAUCCAGCAACUUUGCACAGCCAUUGAUGAGGAGUGGACCAACAUUUCACAAGCCACAAUCAACAAUCUGAUCAACUCUAUACGAAGGAGAUGUUUUGCACUGCGUGAGGCAAGUGGUGGUCACACCAGAUACUGACUGGUUUGCGGACCCCGCUUAUGUGCAAAGUACUUUAAGAGAUCAUAAGCUCAUAAACUUAACUUUUAUUUUAACCAUGCAGUUAAAAAUUAUAUUCACUAAAACAACUUUAGCUUAAUGAAGCAGUUUUUUUUUAACUCCUAAAUGGCAGUGAAACCUGAGAGGCAUGAUCUAUACACUAAAACUACUUCAUUAAGCUUAAGUUUUUUAGGUGACUAUAGUGUUCUUUUAAUGGGUGACUGAAUAACUCUGCUAGUUUUAACUACCAUGUAGGCUAUCCUUACCGCAUUGCCAGGGGAGGGCUGGCAGCCUUAGGCUUGGGGGGCAAAACCAGUCAAGUGGCCCAUUGCACCACCAAAUCAGUUCACCAUCCAUGCCCACCUUUUCCUGGUUUUAUAACGGAUAUUAUUGUUAUGCCAAUCAGUAGUUUUUUGCCAUACCAGCUCCUUCACGGCUCUGACUUUCAAUGUUGUCAGAGCGCAGGCUGAGAAUCUCUGAGCCUGUGCUCUGACUCCCUAACUUAGCGCCGGAACGACGAGGGAGAGGAUAUAAUCUGACUGCACCUACUGCUGGUGCACACCAGUGGACCACCAGCGAAUCGUUUAAAUUGAAUAUGCUGGUGUACCCAACUUGUGAGCUGUUUUGGCCGCCGGGCGCCUCUGUUGUCAUGGCACCCUGCGUGACCGCACAGCUUGCACACCCCAACGGCUGGUCCUGCUGACACACACUGAUGAUACUACUUAGAAAUCCCUCAAUAUUAAUACAGACAUCAGAGUAAACACCAAUAAACUGUGGAAACAGAGCUGAUCCCCCCCCAAAUUUAUAAAGAUUUGCUUACUGGAUUUGUUGUAAGAUUAAAUAAUACCUCCUCCUCUCUCUCUCCCAUGCGCUGCUCUGUAGGCUGGGAGGAAGUGAAGAGUAAUCACAUUCUCCUAGCACAGCGCUACCUGUGGCUGCAUGGGGAACAGCUGGUUAAUGUAAUGCUUUCAGGAUGGCCAGCUGCCGCAGAACCUCUUUGUUCCUGUCUCUGCAAAGGGCUCCAGGCACUACUUGCUAUGAGUGUAAGCCACUGUAAAUUAGGGGCAGAGGGCACUUGCACUGCGGUAAAGACUGGUCUGGUCAGGAGGAGAGUGCAGUGCAAUCCGUGCACUCCCCUCCUGUGCGUCACCAGUAGACUGGUGCACCUGCCCAGGAUCAGAGCCACGGUGGCAAAAGAAAAAUUUGCCGCCCCCCCAUGUGACAUCACAAUGCCUCCCCCAUAUGAUCUGCCAUAUGAACGAACGCCAGUGCUGCACACAGUGUAUGUUUACAUUAAAAAGCCUGCAGGGACCGGCUAUAGACACCAGAACCACUUCAUUAAGCUGAAGUGGUUCUGGGGUCUAUAGUGUCCCUUUAAUGUAAGGUAAAUUAUAGAUCAGUGUCACUAAUAAUAUUAGUGAUAAUAUAUCCUUCUUACUGCCCCCGUCCUUCUUACUGCCCUCGUCCUUCUUCCUCUUCCUCUUCUUCCUCUUCUUCCUCUUCCUCUUCUUCCUCUUCCUCUUCUUCCUCUUCCUCUUCUUCCUCUUCCUCUUCUUCCUCCUCUUCUUCCUCCUCCUCUUCCUCCUCCUCUUCCUCCUCUUCUUCCUCCCCUUCCCUGUAGCGUGGCCAAGCUCCUCUCCGGUCCGCAGUGCCCGGCCGGAGUGAUAGGAAGGUGCACACUCAGUGUGCACUUCCUGUCAGUCCAGCCGGGUACAGGAAACAGAAACUCCGCGCGGUACAGGAGUUUCGGUUUCCUGUACCCGGCCGGACUGACAGGAAGUGCACACUAAGUGUGCACUUUCCUAUCACUCUGGCCGGGCACCGUGGACCAGAGAGAAGCUUGGCUGCGCUACAAGCUCGGGGAGGAGAGAAGCAGCACUGCAGCCGUCUGAGGCUCUUUACAGAGCGCUCAGGCGGCUACAGCAUUAGGACCGGCCCUGCAUCGGUCGGUUUUAAAAUGAUUUAGGGCGGCCUGGGUGGCAAUUGCCUCCCUGCCCCCGGCCCAGCCCGCCCCUGCACAUUACCACAUUGCUCUUGAAAAUAUUUAGCUUUUUCUUUUCUUUGUCUUGGGUUUUGGAUCCACUCUUUUGUCCUGUCACCAGCCAGCUUUAAACUUUGAUUGUGGGAUGACUUUGUCAGUUUUGUCUUAGUUUUGUGAUAUUUUUCAGCGCACAUUGCGUACAAGCACUGCUCACGUAGCCAACUCUACUUGCAGUCACUAUUGUGCGCAUAAAAAUGCAAGUAAAUGCUACAUUUGUUGUGUGCCCAGACUGCCUAACCCCCACACAGUCCUUCAAUGUUUUUCUUUGGCAUGACUCAGAAUCUGGUAAUUUUGUGUUGUUUACAAGUUGCACAGAAAUUGCACAAAGAUGGGAGAACGUGUUUACAUGUGCCUCCAUGCAUUGGAUUACUGUGAAAUGUGAAUAGCUUUUUUUUUUUUUACACAAUUAUUCAUUAAAUCAGGUAUGAAUUUAGUAGCAUAGAGUUUUCCUUAUUGAUAGUUUUUGAUGUGUUUGAGUCUGGUAACAAUUUGUAUCUAAUUAUUUUUAAGUGUUAAUGUACAGUCUUGGCACUACAUAAUUCACUUGUACAACAGUUUUACAGAAAAUAAAUGUUUUUUACCUUUCCUUGCAGGACUUAUUUGAGCCUCAGACUGGCCUCUUAAGAUAUGUUCUGGAGCAGCCGUAUUCUCGCGAUAUGGUGUGCAACAUGUUGGGUCUUAACAAGCAGGUAUUACAUUGCAAUAGAGAAUGUUCCAUGCAAAUAUUGCACUAUUCUUCCACCUUUUCUUUGCUAUAACAAUCUGAACAAAACAGUAUUAAUCGUGAUCACCUAGUAAUCUUAUUUUAAUAUCUCAUAAAGGUACUUUAUAUUAUUUAACUAAAUAUAAACCACAAGUUGUUCUUAUUGUUCAUUGCUUACUGCCUUGGGGAUGUUAAAAUUGAGUAGUUAUUUAAAAAGAUGACUUUUUGUUUUGCAUUGCUUUUUUCCCUCCCUCCUCCUAUAAGGCCAGUCUCAUGAGUGCCCAAUGCCAGCUUACUGCACCAUGUAAUACACGCAACCCUUGGUUUACCAAAAUAUUCCUAAUGCUUUCUUUCCAAAGACCACCUACUUAAAUUUAAAUACCCUCUGCCUUGUUAGACAGUAUUGGUGGGUAUACUGUGACAUUGGGCAUCUUGAGGCAGGCCUCAUAGUCACUGUUUUGUCUUUUCUUUUUUUCUUCCUUUUUUUGUUCUGUCUUGUCCUGCCCAUCCUUCAAUGCUCUAGACCUUGAACAUUGCCCAGGUAUGUUCACAACCUUCUUCUUGUAUUGUGACUAACAGUGCUGCUGGCUGUUUAGUAGCCACUGAUCCAAGUUAGCAAAUACAUAUACAUGUUCAGGGCUUGAAAUUUGUAGGACUGCCACAUGCCUAGAACCAUUUUAUUAAACUACAACUUUAAUUACGUUCCCUUAAAAUUAAAUGUAAAUAUAUUUGUUUUCUCAAGUAAAACCUGAUGGCGUCGCCUAUCCUUUUGCCCUCUUUUUCUCAUUUCUUUGCUCUGCUUGCACAUUUAAGGGGGUUCAUUUAAGCUUUGUUAUAUUGUAUGUUGUUUUCUUUCCUCAAGUGAUUCCGUUAAAUCCAAAAAGUACAUUGAUCAGACAAAAGGAGAAAAAAAAUUAUUAAUUUACUUUCCUCUCCAUUAACUUUGUGAGGGAACAGAUUAAUAAUUUAAUUCACCUUUUAUGGGGAGGUUUAGAGUUUGAUUGCUUUAGGCAUGGUUAUAACGUUUGUAUGCAAUCUCCUUCUGUAAACCACUUGCUCAUUGCAUGGGUCCAAAUAUGGCAUAAAGUGUAAUGUAGUGCAGGACUGUUAUAAAACUUGAUAUUCAUAAAAAUUGGUGCUCUAUAUAGGAAACAAAUGAAAAAUUCACUAUGUAUUUCUCAAGCAAGGGAACAUUUUUCUUCUAUUUUUUUUUUUUUAGCAAAAAAAAAAAAAAAGCCACACUUCUGUUUGUGUUUCAUUGUAAAGUGUUUGGAGAAUAAUAUGGAUUAUAGAGGAAGCUGUGGAAUGCAAAGUACCAGAAGGAAGCAAGACAGAUUAAAGAAAAAAAAAGUGGUACUAGGUUAAAGCAGACCCGUCAAUUCUACGUUUUCAGAAAGAUAACAUCUGUGUGAGAACAUUCUCACUCACGACACAUCGCCUGGAAGUCCUAAAGACUGUGUUAUGCCUUAAAGGAACACUACAAGCACCUUAACCACUACAAUGUGUUGUAGUGAGCAUAGUGCCAAGUGUGCCCUGGGACUCACCCUGCACCACACAUCUGAUUUUGUUUUAGACAUUGAUGGCUUAUAGUAAUAAUCCAAACCCCAUCAUGUUUUCCUCUGGAAUACUUGAGAGGACAACUAUCUAGCAAUUUCAGUGAAAUUUGCCAAAGCCUCAAAUUUUGUAAUUUGUUGGUUGCAAUUCUAAACCAGUUUAGUUUAUAAAUAAUAUUUUCUUUUUGAUAUUACAAAUGAAGCCACUGAUACUGGUACUAUUUUGUUUGGAGGGAUAUGUUUAUGAUAUGUUGUAGUGAAAGAGCACAAACAAAAUUAGUUUCUCUUCAUGGCUAAUGCUCAGUUCUUAUUACUUCUCUCUUUCAUAUUUAUACGUUUCUCAUAUUUACAGUGGACCUAAAAUCAACUUUAUAUAAAUCAUUGGAAUAUACAAAAUUGUCUAAUAACAUUUAACGGGGCACUAUAGUCACCAAAACAACUUUAACUUAAUGAAGCAGCUUUGGUGUGUAGAUCAUGCCCCUGCAAUUAUCAAUUAUCUCUCAUUUAGGUGUUCAAUAACUUUGUUUAUGUAGCCCUAAACACACUACCUUGCAUGUGACUUACGCAGCCUUCCUAAACACUUCCUGUAAAGAGUCAUCUAAUGUUGAUACAUGCAAAAUCUGUUUAAUUUAGAAUGUCUUAUCUUCUACUCUGUUAGCUUUCUAGACCCUGCAGGAGCCCACCGUAGGUAAUUUAGGUUCAAUUUACAGAGCAGGACAUACAAACUGAUUGAAUCAAUGCAUCUCUAUGAUGAAAAUUCAGCGUCUCCAUACAGAGCGUGAGGACGCUGAACGGCAGGGCUGCUUACUGUGCAUCUACUUGGAGGUGUCCCUAGGGGAAAUGUAAACACUGCCUUUUUUCUAAAAAGGGAGUGUUUACAUGAAAAUGCCUGAAGGGAGCUAUUAUACUCACCAGAACAACUACAUUAAGCUGUAGUUGUUCUGGUGACUAUAGUGUCCCUUUAAAUUAAGUUGCAUCUGAUUGAAAAUGAAACAGUUUUGUUUUCAUGCAGGAUGUGGUGUCUGUCACAGCCAGGGGAGGUGUGGCUAGGAUAAAGCGAAACAAAAGUGAUUUUAACUUCCAAUGGCAGUCAAUUAAACAGUGAGACUGCAUGAUAUAUACACCAAAACUAUACACUGCAUGAUCUAUACAUCAAAAAUUGCUUCAUUUAGCUAAAGUUGUUUUGGUGACUAGUGUCCCUUUAAUUAUAUAUUUUAUUUACCCCAACCCAUAGUUGAAUUGCUGAAAGCGGCCAUUCUAAAAAGUCAUAAUUUAACCACUUGAUGUUAUCUUUUGGAACUUGUUACUUUUUUUUUCCUUCCAUAUCUUUCUGACUGUGUUUAGAAGUAGAAGAUGAUUGAUAAGAGCAUUAUUUAUUUGCUUGCAUAUAAUAUGUAUAUACACCAUUUGGAUUCAACAGAUAGUACAUGAGUAACACAAAGCUUGGCUCUUCUUGCAGUAUAUGAAUGCAAUAUAUUGUAGAAAGUAUCUAAUUGUGCCCAAUCCCAUAGCAUGAAAUAUUCAAAAUGAUCCUGCAAAAUACAGAAAUAUGGCAACUGUAACACCUUUCAAUUGAGCUUCAAAGUGCGUAGGGAGUCCACAGCUUGAAAAAAAAUAUUUCUAAAACGCUGAACCCCAAAAAAGGAAUAUGGUUAGUUGUGUACAUUUAAUUUACCGUAAAAUAGUUAUGACCACUUUAAUUUCUUUGCUAAACCAAAAUAUAUUUUUUUUUUUUUUUCUCUUCCUAAUGGUGCCGGACUAGUAAAUCUCAAGCCCUGUACAUGCUAGUCUUGCAUGCUAGAUAACAACAUUGUAGUGUUGUGAUGUGAAUUUUUACAAGCAUUUCUUUGUGUCUUGGACUAAUAGUGUUUUUGUGCCAGUUUUACUCAAGCUUUGCCAUUCUCAGAGUCACAAGCAGUCUCCAGUGUCUUGCAUAUAGCCUGAAUUUUCUUCCUUUUCAAUUAUAGUUUUUAUACUAAUCCUGUUGCUUGUCCACUGUGCGAUGAAGGAUUUGUUUAAUAGCUUUCCUGUGGUUCUCCAACUACUUACUUCUUAGAUUGCCUCUACCAACACAAAUUACAGCCAGCUCCUAUCUCUAGUUAUGUACUGUAUGAAAGAAGCUCUAUCUGUGAUUGAUUCCCAGAAUGAGGCUAUACCAAAAACGCUUCUCUUAUUUUAAUAGCCAGUACUUAGUAGAAGGGAACAACCAGAAUGCAGAAACUGACACUCCUAGACUAAUAUUUCAUAUAUAAUGAUUUUACACUAAUCUAAAAUGCUUCACUGAAGGUAUUUUUGCUUACCCACUUUUCCCCUGCAGGAUAUCAACUAAGCAGCAAGUGUGAAGAAUUGUUUUGGGCUGAAAAAUUGUACUAUUUUGAUCAUCUUUACAAAUCAGUUGUCAGUAGGCAAUUAAUAAGACUGAUUAAAUAUCAGUCCAUUAUUACCAACCACCUGAAGCUAAAUGGCUUCUUUUAUCAGUAUCCCUAAUUGGAGUGAAUUAAGUGAUUUAUUAAAUUAUAUGCUGCUGGUGUCUUCAAAGACCAAUUUGGAAGCCCUUGUCUUGGUGUGUACAUUCUUUCUUCACAAAGACAAAACAUUUCCCCCAUUAAGUACUAAUGUUAUCAGUGAUUUGUUUAAACAGUGCAUUCUAUUAAAUUUCAGCAUUUUAUAGUAUAACUUGCAGCUGAUCUUGGUGGAUGCAUUCCAACCUACUUGAGAAACAAGGUUACAGUACGUAGAAUAGUUUCUAGAGUCCUGUAGAAAAUUGUCGAAGAUCUGCCAGUGGCUUCAGAGCCACAGGUUGAGUAUAAUUGCAUUAUGUGUUGUGUUCAUAUUGCUAUUUUUGGCCUGACCUCUGGUUGAUGGGGGUGCAGUUUUGGCAGGUCCUUAGGACUACGCAUUACUACUCGUCACAGCAUGUCUUCCCAAAAUGCUGUCAGCCUCUCAUCUCAGUUUGUUUCUCCGCCGGCAGAGAGCAUGUCAGGGGUUGUUGUCAAACACAUUUCAAUUCAAUUUUCAUUUAUUUUUUUAUCCCUUUUUUUAUGGCAAAAGAGGACAAACCUAUGAGUGUAUAAGAUUAUAAAUAUUUUGCAAUAGGUUUGUAGAAAACCUUUAAAGUGUAUUCUAAUAUUAAAUUCUAAAUUUUACAGAUAGUUUUAAAUUUUUUUCCUGUUUUUGCUUCCUAUAUAUUUUUGCGGUAAAACAUAUACUAUUAAUUUUGCCUUUGGAAAGGGACAUUACAUUUUCUUAUUUUUUUAGUCUUAAGCUGCUUAUCAUCUUUUAUGUGUUUAACGUUUCCAAUGAAAGCUGCAUUAUGGUAACAAGUACGGUUCAGUUUUGUAUAUCUCCAUACAUACUGACAUCACAGACUUCCUCACUUGGCUAAAUGUAAAAGAAAGUAACUGUUCCUUACUUUUAUAAUUGCUUAUUUAUGAAGUCUUACUAUAUUUAAAAAAAAUUUCAAACACUUAUAAUAACCCUUUCCCCCCAAAAAAACACUCUAAUGCAAACCUCAGAUAUCAUUGAAACACAUUUUAUUGAUGUAUACAUAGAAGCAAACGUCUUGAAAACCCUUGAUAACAUACAAGACCCCAAUUUUUUUUUAAUUUUUUUUAUGCUUAACCCUCUUAUCUAGAGUUAACUUUAUUCUUUUUAUGUUCCACUUUCUCUACCAUGUUUUUAAGAAAACUAUUGUCCUAUUUUUUCCUUUAUUUGUAGUCUUUCCCUAUCCCCCCAUUGACCUUCAUUUUAUUUUGAAUUCUCCCUCCACUCUAUAUUUUAUUCUCUUUCCCUUGUUUUUACUUUUUAUAUUUACCUUUUUUAUUCCUUAUUUGUUAUUUUCUUCCUCUGCCAAUUGUUUUUUGGCCCUUUUUCCUACUGUACUGAGACAGAUGUCAUCUCUAUAUGUUAUACAAGACUAUAUUCUGGAGAAUGCAUGCUUCUACGUUUUUGGUAAACAAAAAUUAUAACCACUUUGAGUAUAUGUUACCUUAAAUGCAGCUUUGAUAAACAUUUGUCACCUGUCCUACCAUUUCAUGCUUCCUGGCCUCCUCUGGCUACGUGCACAGUUUGCUUUUUUUGUCACGUGGUGUGCAGCGCUUUUGGAAUACUGUGUUGUAUGAUUUCUUCCUUUCAGCACAAGCAACGCUGUCCUGUGCUAGAGGACCAGUUGGUCGAUCUGGUGGUAUAUGCCAUGGAGCGCUCUGAGACAGAGGAGAAGUUUGACGAUGGGGGAACCAGCCAGCUGCUAUGGCAGCAUCUCUCCAGCCAGCUCAUUUUCUUUGUGCUAUUUCAGUUUGCCAGUUUUCCACACAUGGUUUUGUCUCUCCAUCAAAAGGUAUAUACUAUGCAGAAUUUUGAUAUUGGGGUACUUGGCUGCAAAAAUCAGUUCCGAUUGGUUAUGAAACACUGAUUAGACAGUGACAUUUCAUCUAUGCCUUGUUUAAGACAAAUUGGUAGGGAAUUAUGUCAAUAACGUUAUAUUUAAUAGUAAAGAUUCACAGUGACAUGCAUGAAGAUAUCAAAUAUACAUAUGCACACUUUUAGUGCGCUUCCCCUGCAUUCUAAAAAUUGUAAUGAUUUGAUAUGUUGCUGUGAAAUGUUCACUUCUUACAGGGCUUGACUACUCUGUAGUCAAGAGCUAGGUCACCAUGCCCAUAUAGUUCUGGGUCAGAGGGAUAAAAACACUCUUUGGAAUGGCUCACAUAGACUUCAUGUGACUGGGCUGUCUCUGUAUACUCUUGUAAUUUAGCACAGCUGGAAGUGAUAUGCACAUCACAUCCUUUCAGUGUUCUUUUAGGUUGCACACAGCCUUGCAAGGUGGUGUCUGAAGCUUCCUCUGCUGCCAGAGAAUACAGAGAAAGCCUACUCAUGCACUAGACACACAAGGAUAAUUGUGGUAGAUCUUUAGAUCUCUGCUUCCCAACUCACAACAAACAGAGAUGAGAAGGAAAGGGAAUGUAAUGUAUCUGGUAGGUAUGUGUUUAUAGGUUUGAGAGUUUUUCUAUUAUUGUGUAUGUGUGAAUGCUUUUGAUUCAUGUGGCAUGAUUGAUUGUGGGUGUGAGUAAAAGUUUAUGUAAGGUUAUUUAUUAAUUUGUCAAACUCUUGUCCAAUUGAUCCAAUGUGUAUACUGUAAAAAUAUGACUUGGCAUGUACCUUUUAUGAGGAGUGGUGUAAAUAGUGUGUUUAUGGGUUUUGCCUUCUUGAAUAUUCUUCCAUAUCAGCAGUAAUUUACAAGUGAAAAGCAUGCUCAGUGUGUUAGCUUGUGUCUGGAUGCUUAAAUGCUUUCUUGCAGCUGGCAGGCCGAGGCCUUAUUAAAGGCAGAGAUCACCUGAUGUGGGUCCUGCUACAAUUCAUUUCUGGAAGCAUACAGAAGAAUGCGUUGGCAGACUUUCUCCCAGUCAUGAAGCUCUUUGAUCUCUUAUAUCCAGAGAAAGAGGUAAGCUUUGGUUCAGAUGUUGUCAUUAUAAGAGAGUGUUAAACUCUUUUAAUUUAUAAAAAAAAAUGGGCAGCUCUCAUUUCACGUCUCGGCAGGAUGCUUUCUUUUACCACAGAUUUUAAGAAACCCUAUAAAAUAAAAUAAUUUUAACAAUUAACUUUGUUAAAUUAAUGGUAAUGUCAAAGUGAUUGACACGUCUUCAUAAUAAAUGUGUGUGUUGACUUCACCUCAGACAGAGCCUGCGUUCUUCUGCUAUAGUGCUCAUCUAAAAUGUCAACAUUAUAGCCCAUGUGAAACAAAAUAAAAAUGUUCAGACAAGUAGGGGUUUCAGUUUAGACCACAUUUGAAAUUCUGAGACUUUUUGAAGUACUAGAGGUUGGUUAAUCUCUAUGGAAACCAGUAGUCCCAUUGCAAGGUGCCCUUUUUAGGUCUUUGCACACCUUUUCAUAUAUCACACUUUUUAUAUACAACACCCACUGUUCGGUUUUAAUAUGAAAUGUUAACUGUUGCAAGGUAUAUCUUAAAUAUUGGGAAUGCUAGGACAAGUCACUGAUAUCCUUCGUACAUACUGUUAUUUGUUUGCAUUCCGAUUAUUUUGCAGUGCAUUCCUGUACCUGAUAUCACCAAACCUCAGUCCACGCACUCCUUUGCCAUGACCUGUAUAUGGAUCCACCUGAAUCGAAAAGCUCAGAAUGACAAUUCCAAACUGCAGAUUCCGAUUCCUCAUUCACUAAAACUUCAUCAUGAGUAUGAGACCUUAAACCACUAUCUUAUUUUAAUGUCACUUGUGUUACUGAAUAACCAUUGAUGCCACAUUUUGUUAUAGUUAAUUUUCAACUUAAUUUCAAUCUCUGAUAGCAAUAAUAAAGUGUUGUGGUAAAUCAUCAGUUUUCAUGAGCAGGGCAUAUAUAUAUUCAUAUAUCCAUCGGAAGAAAAUUACACCCUCUUUGAAUUCCAUAGUUUUACAUAUCAGGACAUCAUCUUUUCCUUAGCUGGUCUCAAAAUUGGGUAAAUACAAUCUCAGAUGAAGACCAACCCAUGAAAUAUUACACGGUGUCAUUAUUUAGAUAACAAAAAUACAGUUACAAUGGAGAAGCCAUGUGAGAAAAACAGAGUACACCUUAUGAUUCAAUAGUUUGUAGAACCACCUUUAGCAGCAAAGACUUGAAAUAAUCAUUUUCUGUAUGACUUUUAUCAAUCUCUCACAUCGUUGCGGAGCAAUUUUGGCUCUUUUUUUACAAGUUGCUUCAGUUUGUUGAGUUACUUGGCAUUUGUUUAUGCGCGAGCUCUCUUAAGGUCCCACCACAGCAUUUCAAUAGGGUUGAGGUCUGGACUUUGACUGGGCCAAUGCACCUUGAUUAUUUCCCUUUUCAGGCAUUCUGUUGUAGAUUUGCUUGUGUACUUGGGAUCAUUGUCCUGUUGUAUGACCCAAUUUUUACCAGGCUUGAGCUGUCUGACAGAUGGCCUUACAUUUGACUCUAUAAUGCUUCAGUAUACAGAGGAGUUAAUGGUCAACUUAAUGUCUGCAAAGUUCCCAGGUCCUGUAGCUGAAAAACAAACCCAAAUUAUCACCCCUCCACCACCGUGCUUGACAGUUGAAAUUAGGUGUUUCAGCUGAUAUCCUAUGUUUAGUUUUCACCAAUUGUGGCGUUGUGCAUAAUGACCAAACAUUAUCACUUUAGUCUCAUCUGUCCAAAGGACAUUGUUCCAGAAGUCUUGUGGUUUGUUCAGAUGCAACUUUGCAAACCUAUGCCAUGCUGCCAUUUUCUUUUUAGAGAAAAGAAGCUUUCUUCUGGCAACCCUUCCAAACACACCAUGCUGGGUCUGUCUUUUUCUAAUUGUACUGUCAUGAACUUAAACAUUUAACAUGCCAACUAAGGCCUAUAGUGUCUGAGAUGUAACUCUUGAUUUUUUUUUGCAAUUUCUCCGAGCAUUGCACGGUUUGAGCUUGUGGUGAAUUUGCUGGGACUCCUGGGAAGAUUGUCAGCUGUCUUUAAUGUUUUCAACUUUUGUAUAAUCUUUUUCGAUGUAGAAUGAUGGACUUUAAAUUGUUUCAAAAUGGCCUUAUAACCCUUCCCAGUUUGAUGGGCAGCAAUAAUUGAUUCUCUAAGAUCAUUGAUGAUGUCUUUCCUCCUUAAAACACACCUGAAUACUCAAGACCAGCAAACUGCUAAAACUUCAGCUUUUAAAGAGCACAUUUUGAUGAUCAAUUUUGCCACUUAAUUCCUAUGGAAGCAGGGAGGCUUUACUUAGUUUUUCACACAUGGCUUCUCCAUUUUGACUUAAAAAAAAAUAAAAAUUUAAUGAUACAGUGUAAUAUGUAAUGUGUUGUUCAUUUGAGGUUGUAUUUACCUAAUUUUAAGACCUACUAAGGAAGAGAUGAUUAUGUCCUGAUAUGUAAAACCAUAGAAUUCAUAGUGUUUGUCUGUCUGUCUUCAACUCUGUUGAUGUUUUGCCAAGCUUUUAUAUGUAGCUCUUAAGCUAUUGUGAAGCUGCAGCCACCAUGGUUUCUUACUGACUAAAGCAGGGGUAGGCAACCUUUGGCACCACUACAAACGUUGUGGACUACAUAUCCUAUAAUGCAGGCUAAGCAUGAGGGAAGAUGUAGUCCACAACAUCUGGAGUGCAAAAGGUUGCCUAAUCCUGGACUAAAGUUUCUAAAAGCAGUUGAAAUUUCACGACUGCAUGAUAUAUUUAUUAGCUGACUCUUUUAAAGAGCCUCUUUUUUUAUUGACUUUUUAUGCCAGAGAUUAACAUCUUAACUCACUUUCACAAUUAAGAUUAUUUAGGACCAUCAUAGUUGUAAAAAAUCAAUUAAUAUAUAUAUAUUGAUUUUUAUUAUUUUCCUUAGUUUAUUCAUAAAGAAUGUUUAGCUGUUUGAGCAAAGGUAAAAAUUGAUGAUUCAACUGCCCACUUUAAUUUUUUUUAUUUUUUUUUAAAUAAUUCACUCUUCUCUCUACUUAUAUAGGUUCUUGCAGCAAAGUUUGAGAAAUAAGAGCUUGCAGAUGAAUGACUAUAAAAUAGCUUUACUGUGUAAUGCAUAUUCCACAAACUCUGAAUGUUUUACAUUGCCCAUGGGAGUUCUGGUGGAAACAAUUUAUGGCAAUGGAAGUAUGAGGAUACCGCUACCUGGGACAAAUUGCAUGGCUUCAGGAUCCAUAACCCCACUGCCAAUGAAUCUCUUGGACUCGCUAACUGUUCAUGCAAAAAUGAGGUACUUUUUGCCCUGAAACUCUCUAAUUACUUACAUAGUUAUCCUAUGUGCAUGCUGUCAUAUAAACUAGAGACAAUGUCUGGGAAGAUGAAGGUAUGUGUAUCUUUUAAAAGAUGUAUCGCUGAAAGGUUGUGAUCCUGGCAGCCCCCUCUCUCCCUCCCCUCCUCCCCAAUCCUUCUAACCCCGCUCAGACUUUCUGUGGCUGUAGGGGCCAGUGCUACGAUUUUUAGCUACACAGACGAAGAUGCAUUUUGCCGCUCAAAAAAAUAAAAAGCAUCUUAACCUGUCUUCUUGUAAUUUGAAUUUCUUAACCCUUUUGUGCUCUAGUGCAUUUUAUUCCCCCUUUAGUGUGUCUUAUAACCCCCUUUGUGUGCCUAUUACCUCCAGACCUUUUCUGUGUCUCAUUCUUACUCUUAAUUUGAAGCAUAUAAUAUAAAAUUGUUAUGGUAUAGUGCAAAAUUUUGGAAUAUCCCUUUCAAUAAUUAAUUAGUACAUGUGUGAUAUUGAUGUCAUACAUGUUUUAUAAUGUAUUUCCUUAAUAUUUAUGUUCCCUCCCACCAACAGCCUCAUCCACAGCAUUGCUACCAGAGUGAUUAAACUGGCUCAUGCCAAAUCCAGCCUUGCUUUGGCUCCAGCACUAGUGGAAACAUACAGUCGCUUGUUGGUUUAUAUGGAAAUAGAGUCCCUCGGCAUCAAAGGAUUCAUCAGUAAGUUUUCCUUGGUUUUGACUAUUUAAUUAAAUAAUUGAUUUUGUGAUUUUUCCUUUUGCUUGAAAUGCAUAAACUCUAUGUAAUCAAGUUCACAUUUUUAAAACCGUAAUAGUAGCAUAGCUAACUUUUACAAUGAUUGAUAAUGUCAGCCAACAUUAGGACUCAAGCAUAGCAAGAAAUUCACCAGCUUUCCUGCUCACAAAGAACCCACCUAGCACUAAUGCCGAAUUACUACAAUGUCACACCUGUGAUCUAGUGUAAAAUAAAAUAGAUCUAGUAGGCUAUGCCAGUGUUUCCAAAACCAGUCUGCAAGAUCCACCAACAGUCCAGGUUUUGUCAUGAUGUCCCUUGGAAUGAAACAUGGAAAUUCAUAAAUCCUGGUUUGGGAACCACUAGUCUACGUGAUAAAUCUUUUCUUUCAACUUUCUAUAUAUGAUAAACUCUUGUUAAAAUUUGGUAACGAGAAAUCAUUCAGCUUUCUGAUUGUAAUACAUUAGCACUGCAGAAUAGUGAGACACAGCACAAGGUUUACAUUGUGUGGAUAUACAGAUGACAUUACCUUGAUAAGAAAUUUUACACUAUGUCAAAGGGUUCCACGGGUUUAAAGGAACACUCUCAUGUUAAAAUUGAAUAUGUUAAUUUGCAACUUUAAAGUGUAUAUUUUUUUUUAUUUGAGAUUACUGUGCCUUCCAUAUUAGAAUAAAAAGUUACAAUCCCAUCCCCCUCUCCCUCCACAAACAUCUGCUCCUAAUCCAGUGAAGUUAUCAGUUCUGUUUGUUAAAUCAAAUGCUUCUCAUAGAAAAGCAUUGAGAACACCAGGCGUGUGAAUUGCAAUUGCUGAGCUUGGUCAGUCCAAUGCUUCGCAUAGAAAAGUGAUAAAUCCAAUACUUUUCAUAUGCAUUCGCCUGAUUUGGUGUCCUCAUGUGUUAAUGAAAUGACCGUGAUUUAGAUUGUCAGAUCAACUGAGUAUUAUCCAUAUCCCAAAACUUAAAGAAUCAAAUUAUCAAGCCCCUUAUGACAAUUGUGUAAUGUUAUUUUUUGAGUAUAAUAAAUCUUUUCCAUAAAAGUCAUAUGAAGAGGUGUUGGAAGGUGACUGAUCUUUAAACGUUUACAGUCCUUGCAUAAAAUGAUUUUAAUUAACAUGCUAAUUUGUUUAGGCCAGCUCUUGCCUACUGUUUUUAAAUCGCAUGCAUGGGGAAUCCUUCACACCCUCCUGGAAAUGUUCAGCUACCGAAUGCACCAUAUCCAGCCUCACUAUCGAGUGCAACUCCUGAGUCACCUCCAUUCACUUGCUGGGGUUCCACAAACCAAUCAAAACCAGCUCCACCUCUGGUGAGUAUGUGGAUAGAGGAUAUCUUUUUCUAAAGAAUGCAAAUGACUUGGUAAAUUGUAACAACGCCGGAAAAGGAUUGAAUUAUAUAAAUCUCUGUUUUGUGUGGCAUGAUUAACAAGAUCUUUAUAUAUAUAUAUAUAUAUAUAUAUAUAUAUAUAUAUAUAUAUAUAUACACACACAUUUCUCUCAUUUUGUCUAUUAAUGAAACAAUAUACAUUCCUUAAGUUAAAGUGUCCAACAGGCCUUUCUUUAAAAAAAAAUAAUUUAUAGUAAUAUUAGACAUUUUGUAUCCAAUUAAGACUUUACUCAAGAACAUCUCAUGUGCAGAUGAAAGCCAGCCAUAUAUAUAUAUAUAUGUAUGUAGUCCACAACAUCUGGAGUGCAAAACAACCAGUGUGAGCAUUACAACCACUUUAAUGUCCCCUAACCAUGUGAAAAGUAAAAAAAAAACAAAAAACCUUUAAACACUUACUUGGUCCCAACGGCAAUGUGUCUCUGUGCUGGGUCGGGCACCACCUCCAACGUCAGGCGAUGGGGGGAGCCAAAUGUGCAUGCCUGAUGAGCAUUGCACACACAUCAUGCCUUCCCUCUAGGAAUGCAUUGACUAUGGAUGAAUAUGACUAUUGACUAUGGACACUGGAUGUCCUCAUGCAAAGCGUAUGUAUGUCUAGCGUCGUUUCACUGAGGUUUUUCUCAAAUGGAACAGAGACGCUGCAACCAGACCACUUAAAUGAGGUUUAAUGGACAUUAUAGUCAUCAAAACAUUUUAAGCUUAAUGAAACAGUUUUGGUGUAUAGGUCAUGACCCUUAAGUCUCACCGCCCAAUUCUCCACCAUUUACAGGUUAAAUCACUUUUGUUUCUGUUCAUGCAGGCAUAGCCACACCUCCACUGACUGUGACUCACAUAGCCUGCAUGAAAAGAAAUGGUUUUACUUUCAAUCAGAUGUAACUUACUUUAAAAGUUUUUUUUUAUUUUCUGCUCUGUAAAUUGAACUUUAACCACUUCAGGACCGGAAUGUUUUGGCCAUGUUGUACGUUAAGGACUAGAGCUGUUUUACCACUUUUGUGGAGUUUGUGUUUAGCUGUAAUUUUCUUCUCUCUCAUUUACUGUUCCCAUUUAAUUUAUAUAUUGUUUUUUUUCAAUCAAGAAGGGCUUUCUUUACAUAUCAUUAUUUGUAUCAUGAUGUAUAAUUUACUUUAAAAAAAUAAAAUAUGGUGAAAAAUUGGGAGAAAAAAAAUGUUUUUUUUAACUUUUACUUGAAAAAUCUUUUACUUAUCUACAAACGCUAAUGAAAAAAACUGCUAAAUAGAUUCAAAAUGUUGUCCUGAGUUUAAAAACACCCCGUGUUAACAUGCUUUUUUGCAAGUUAUAGGGCUAUAAAUACAAGUAGGAUAUUGCUUUUUCAAAAUAUAUAUUUUUAAAAUUUAUCAAUAGUGACAUUGUAACACUGUUAUCUGUCAUAAAUAUCUGAAUCACACCUCCCAUGUACAUAUUUUUUUUUUUUUUAAAGUAGACAACCCAGAGUAUUCAAUUUGGGGUAUGUCCAGUCUUUUUUAGUAGCCACUUAGUCACAAACACUGGCCAAAGUUAGCAUUUAUAUUUGUUUGUGUGUUAAAAAUGCAAAAAACUAUUAUGAAUGCAAACUUCGGCCAGUGUUUGUGGCUACUAAAAAAGACUGAACAUACCCCAAUUGAAAUACCUUGGGUUGUCUUCUUUUGCAAAUGGUAUGCCAUCAUGGGGGUUAUUGUCAUCGCUGGGCUACCAUACGCUCUCAAAGACAACAUAACCAAUUUGCUAAAUUUCAAUGUAAAAAACCCUUAUAUUUGACCCUGUAACUUUCAAAAACACUAUAAAACCUGUACACGGGGGUGGGUACUGUUACACUCGGGAGACUUCGCUGAACACAAAUAUUAGUCUUUUGAAACAGCUAAACAUAUUACAACAAUGAUAUCAUCAUUGAAACUGCCGUUUGUGUACAAAAAAACUUCACUUUCACUGACAAUAUCAUCGCUGUGAUAUCUUUUACUGUUUUGAAACUAAUUGUGUUCAGCGAAGUCUCCAGAGUAAAAUAGUACACCCCAUGUACAGGUUUUAGGGUAUCAUAGAAAGUUACAGGGUUAAAUACAGUGCUAGCAAAACAAAUUCUCUGGACUUUCGGCCUGGAUUGUCAGGCAGGUCCCUUAAAUUGUGAUCAAUAAAAUGACUUAAUUAUGUAAAAAUAUUACCUAAAUAUGAACGUAGAAUUUAAAUAUAUACAUAUUUAUAUAUUUGAACUCUACGUGUAUAUUUAUGAAAUUAGUUAUGUAAUUUUGUAUAUGGAUAUAUAUAUUUCGUAUUAUUUGUAUUUAUAUGUAUAUACAUAGAUAUAUAAUUUCAUUCUAAGUGUAUUUUGAUUAUAUAUAUAUAUAUAUAUCAAAAUACAGUUAAAAUUAAAUUUAUAUAUAUAUAUAAUUUAUUUUUAAUUUACUUAUUUAUAGUCUAUUAUAAAAUAUAUAUACACACAAUUUAAUUCUGAGUGUAUUCUGUUACUAUAUGUAUAUAUUAAUAAAAAAAUACUUAGUAUAGAAAUAUUAUAUAGAUAUAAUAUACAUAUAUAAUUAUAUUUUUAUUUAUUAACAAUUUAUUUUUCAGAAUCAAGGAGACUGCCUGUCAGUUCAGGCAGUCCCCCUGCAGGCAGAUAGACAGGUAGCUGUUGCAGCCAUGUAAACGCUCUGUUGGAGAACGAUCACAUGGCCGCUGGGGCCUAAUUCGCCAAGGGGGGACUGUCUGGGGUGUCAGGCAGUACCCCCAGACCAGGAGCAACGCCGAUCACGGGUGGGGGAGCGGCGGCGAUCGGGUAAGUAAAUAUUACUGUUAUCACGGUUCAGGACAGUCAUUGGUCUUCAAGGGGAUUUUUUUGAUGACAGUCCUGAACCGUCAGCAGUCCUUAAGGGGUUAAUUACAUACAAAAGGCUCCUGCAGAGUCUAGAAAGCUAUUAACAGAACAGGAGAUAUGAAAUUCUAAAUUAAACAGUAUUUUCAAUACAGGAAGUGUAAGCAUUAGAUGACUCUUUGCAGGAAAUGUUGGAAGGCUAUGUAAGUCACAUGCAGGUGACUUACAUAGGGUGGUGUGACUGAGGCUGCAUAAACAAAGUGAUUUAACUCCCAAAUGGCAGAGAAUUGAGCAGUGAGACUGCAGCGGCAUUAUCUACACACCAAAACUGCUUAAUUGAGCUAAAGUUGUUUUGGUGACUAUAGUGUCAGGAAAACAUACUCGUCCCACUCCUGUGGCGCUGAGGGGGUAGGAAGUGGUUAAUCCCUUACCUUUUUCCCAGCGCUGGGACUCUCCUCCCUCUUCUGACAUCCCUGGCUGAAUGCGCAUGCGCGGCAAGAGCCACGCGCGCAUUCAGCCAGUCUCAUAGGAAAGCAUUCUCAAUGCUUUCCUAUGGACGCUGGCGUCUUCUCACUGUGAAAAUCACAGUGAGAAGCGCGGAAGCCCUCUAGCGGCUGUCAAUGAGACAGCCAUUAGAGGCUGGAUUAACCCAUAGGUAAACAUAGCAGUUUCUCUUAAACUGCUAUGUUUACAGCAAAAAGGGUUAAACCUAGCUGGACCUGGCACCCAGACCACUUCAUUAAUCUGAAGUGGUCUGGGUGCCUAUAGUGGUCCUUUAAGUGGUCUGGGUGACUAUAGAGUUCCUUUAAAUGUUCAGUAUUGAUUAUUGAGAACUACUUAGAUAUAUUAAGCAGUGGCUGUGAGCCAAAUUCCAAGUCAGUAUUUUGUGUUCAGCUCUCAAUGUCUCAUUGAUCUGCUGGAGUGGUUUUCUUCUCAACAUCUAAAAACUGUGUGCAUUAACAACAUAACAAACAAGAUACUGAUUUCAGGGCCAGAUUUCCACAAGCUUUCUAGUAUACUGUUAAAAUUGAUGUAAAGUAUUGUUUUUUUAAAGUAUCUACAGACUACCUAGUUUGCUUUGGUGGUUUCAUUACACAAGAUAUUUUUAUUCUGCAUUCAUUUUUUGAAAGUGAGGAUAUGAAUGUUAACAGUCUUCCAGAUAAAACACUUGCAGGGUUAUUCAGUAAACUUUUCACCUGGACUUUACAAAUCUCUGGAAAAAUAGAUGAACGGGGAAGCAGAUGAUUUGCAGUGUUAACAAAUGUUCUCUUUUGGUCUAAUAUUGUGGAUUCCUGACCAGUUUAUUCACUAAACAGUGGAUUACUUUGUACAAUUCAGACUACAAAUGUCAAGCUGAGUUGGGGAAUUUGUCCUACCCCACUAUAUUGGCCACAUUUUUUACAUUUAGCUUUCAUUUCAGUACAGUUCAGUUUUCCAUUCACAACAACAGAGCAGUUGCUAUAGAUACAUCCUUUGACUUUUUAUUGGGUGAGAAUUGUGCACCAUGAAUACCACCCUAACAAUAAUUUCAUUUGACCUUGCUACGAUGAAUCCAUAAGCAGACAUUGUGUAAAGGUAUUUGCUGGGUAGUAGCAUAUUAACGUAUCCACUUUGUGGUUCCUACAUUGGAAUUCAGCGGUUUAACAGUUGUGAAUCAAUCCAGUAGAUAAUAGUUUGAUAAAAUGACAAUGUUUGGUUUAUAUAAAGAUGGACGGUAAGCAAAGCAUUAUUUUAUCUUAUUUUAAUUUUAGAUAACGUAUUGUCCUAUCUCUCUAGGUCCCUGCUAGAACUCUUUAAGUUUUCAUGUUUUGAACUAUCCUUUCAGUUUUAUGUAUGGAUAUAUUGGCUAAGUUUAAGAUCUAACGGCAAAGAACUGUUAUUUUCAAAUUUAUUUUUAGUUAACAUUUGUCUUUAAACCUAGACAGUAACUAAUGGUAUGUGUAGAGAAUAAAAGGGAAAAUGGGGAAAUAUUCCCCACCCACUGUGCAACUUUCACCUGUAAAUGUCAAUGUUAUACCAUAAAAUGUACACAUUCUUAUUCAUUUAUUAUAUCAAAAAAAAUUAGCGUGUUUAAAUUUAAAUUCUCUUCAGACAUGUGACAUUUCUUGCAUGUAUUUAUACACUUUGUUGUAUAUAUUUUUUCUAUUUUUUUUUAUUUUUUAGUAGCUUGAAAUAAAAAUUUUUCUUUUUUUUUUUUUCAAAUGGAACAACAGAAACAGUUUUGAAAAUAUGAAGCUUGUUAGGUUAAAAACCCCAACAUUUUUGUGAUCUUCGCUUUAUCAAGACCCAUAUUUUUUGCAUUGACUAAGCCCUAAUUUUUCAAGUUCUGUAAUAAAAUAAGCAGAUUUUGUCUAUGAAAUAAAUUUUGAACCAAACACAUACCAUAAUUGUCCACUAAUUAUUUUUUUUUAAUUUUUUUUAUUGUAGUGUUGAGAGCACUGCUUUGAGAUUGAUCACAGCUCUUGGCAGUUCAGAGGUGCAACCACAGUUUACCCGUUUCUUGAGCGAUCCCAAAACGGUUUUAUCAGCAGAGUCGGAGGAGCUCAACAGGGCUCUUAUUUUGACUCUUGCAAGAGCUACACAUGUUACAGGUACUUUUAACUAUUAGAUGUACAAUUGCAAAACUUUCAAGUUUCUAUUAUUUUGCUUUUCAACUUCAGUUAUUCAUAUGUUAGAUUACAUUUAAAGGCAUUCUUUUCCAUUAUAUGUACAGAUAUAUUUAUUUGUGCAUUAAAAACAAAGUUCCAAAGUGUCUGUGAGCAUUAAAUUAAAACAAUUACUGGCAAUGUAACACUUUUUUGAGCACAUUUUCCAGAAGAAAACUCAUUACCGCAACAGUCUGAAAAUAUCACUACCAUUAGAAAAGUUUAUAUAUAAUCUGAUUUUUUUUUUUUGUGUAACAGUCACGCACAGUUCCUUGACUUGAAUCAAAACAUCUCUUUGGGAAGCAUUCAGCAUCUCCAUGCAGAGCUUGGAGACCCUGCACACUUUGCAGCACUGACUUAGGAAGCACCUCUAGUGGUUGUCUGAGGAGUGGACACUAAAGGUUUUCCUAGGCAGUAAUGUAAACUCUGCCUUGACUCUGAAAUUACAAAGCCUGCAGCGCUGUAGACACCAGAAUAAUUAGACAAAAGGAAGGAGAAGGGAGGCAGUAGAAUAAUAUAAAGAUUCUAGAGGGCUGAAAGAGCAGGGCAUGAACCCAAAUACUAAGUUAAUAAAAAAAAAAUGGAAGGAGAGAACAAGCUCUUAACCCUGGAGUACAAGUGGUAGUAUGUUUAAAACGUAACUUUUAAUGUUGUAAUAAAUAAAGAGUAUAUAGAGACAAUAUAUUGUUUUACCACUAGAUGGAGACAAAGCUUAACCACACUAGGAAAGGGAGCGAUCAGAGCAAAAGAUACUUUGCGCUCUAUGUGCAAUAUAUACAAUGUAACAAAAAAGGGGAAAGUGCAAAAUCAAACAUAAUAUACAAAUAUUGGGUUAACUCUGUGAUAUGUAUGGGGAGAUAGUAUCUGACUGAGCUGAAUGGCGCUUUUAAAAGAGGACAGUGUCCUGUUAGAAAAUCAAAAGCGAUUUGUAAUCGUUUAUCACCAGGAUGCAACAUGGUAUUAUAACAUCAUGAUUACAAAAACAAAAACAGAAAGUAACUGUAACGAGUGUGUUAAAAAAUAAGCUUAGUCAUAUCUACAAAUGCUCGCAGUUUAGGGAAUAAGAUCCAUGAACUUGUGGCAAUAAUGGCAACUGAUAAUGUAGAUUUAGUUGCUGUCUCCGUAAGACAUGGCAUACUGAUAAAAAUGACUGGGAUGUAGCAAUACCAGGGUACUCUUAUAUAGAAAAGACAGAGAAGGCAAGAAAGGAGGAGGGGUGGUCCUGUAUGUGAAGGAUAGCAUAAAAUCUAGCCUAAUAAAAGUUAGUGAGGCGAACAUAGUCCGUUUGGGUUACGUUAGAAUUUGGUAAUCACACAGUAACUCAUGUAGGUGUGAUUUAUUGGUCCCCAGGACAAAUAGAAGAGUUAGAUAAUCUACUAGUUGAGGAAAUAGCUAAAAUGACAAUGAAGGGGGAAGUUAUCAUCAUGGGUGACUUUAAUGUUCCUGUUGUUAACUGGGAAUCCAAACUAGCUGCUUGUGCCAGGAGCACACAUAUUCUAAACUCCCUACUGGGAUUGUCUCUAAAACAACUUGUUGAGGAACCAACUCAUAAGGAGGCCAUACUAGCUUUAGUGUUUGCAAAUGGAGAUUUGGUAUCGUAUACUACUGUAGGUGAAAGUUUAGGAUCUAGUGAUCAUCAGACACUGUGGUUUAAUAAGAACAGUGACUGAGUCACACCACACAAAAACAAAAGUUUUAGACUUUAGAAAAACACUUUUCUAAAAUUAGAAUAUGUGUAAAGGAGUCCUUGUCAGACUGGAGCAGUUUAAAUGGAGUCCAGGAGAAAUGGGAUUAUCUAAAAGUUCCACUGCUGAAGGCAACAGAAAAUUGCAUUAGGCUUGUCAGUAAAAGCAAAAAAAUUAAGAAAACUCUGCAGAUGUGGCCAAAAUAGUAAAAAACUAAAAGUUAGCAUUUAGUAAUUUUAAAAAAAAAAACGCCUAGAGUGAGGAAGGCAGAAUGAUGUAUAAGAUUAGGCAGAAAGAGGCUAAGCAAGUUAUUAGAGCCUCCAAAGCGCACACAGAAGAGAAAAUAGCACCGUCAAUAAAAAAGGGGGAUAAAACAUUUGUUAGAUACAUAAAUGAGAAAAGGAAAGUAAAACUACGAUUAGUUAGAUUAACCCCUAAAGGACACCGCUUCAGAAGCUUGACUUACGCUUAAUGACACAAGCAAUUUUUGCAUUUUCUUGCUGUUUGCAUUCAACUGCAAUUUGCAUCUCUCUCAUUUAUUGCACCGACACAUAUUAUAUACUGUUUUUUAAAGGACAGAAAGGGCUUUAAUUUGAUAUAACAUUAUAUAUAUAUAUAUAUAUAUAUAUAUAUAUAUAUAUAUAUAUAUAUAUAUAUAUAUAUAUAUAUAUAUAUAUAUAUAUAUAUAUAUAAAUGCUUACUUAUUAUAAAAAAAAUACAGAAAAAUGCAAAAAAAAUUAAAAAUAUUGUUUUUUUUUACAGUUUUUGCAAUAAUAAUGUGUGCAUAAUUAGUGCAGGUUAAGGAAAGUAAUUAAAAAUAAAUUAUUUAUUUGUUCUGAUUUACAGAAUAUAUAAUGUGUCUGGGAUUUUAAGUUUUUUUUUGGUAGUUACAGGUCACAAAGCACAAGGAGUAAAAUAAACUUUUAAUGUGGAGCGAUUUUAGAAUUUGGUAUGUUUGUCUUGUAAGUUUAAUAGCCAUAAAAGAAAACAAAAUUGCCACACAAAAGUAUAUAUUUAUAUAAAGUAGACAUCACGGGCUAUUUACCUAAGGUUGUUUUGACACUUUCUACGUAGCCAUUUCACCGCCAACCUCUGCUAAAUAUUGGAGUAAAAUUGUGUUCUUUUUGGUUUUUGGCACACAAACUUAUAACAGAGAAAUUCUCGUGUAUAUUUUGUAAAGUUGGUGUGUGCUAUUCCUGUACAAAGUUUUAUUUUGUGUUCAGUUACAUCUGCUGAGUAAAAUGACACCCCAUUGUAUGUCUUUUGCACUAUUUCGUGAAGUUACAGUGCCAUACAGGAUACCUGUCCUUUUCAGUAUUCACAGUAGAAUUUUGAGAGAUGAAUUUAAUGAGCCUUAGCUUCCAUUUGGGGUAUUAUAACAGUUUGACUGUUCAAAAAACCCCCACAAAGGCCUACCAUUUGUAAAAGUAGACACUCCAGGGUAUCUUAUAAGGUGCAUAUUGUGCCUUAACAUGCCCCCAUUUUUUCACCAAUAUAUGCCAAAGUAUGUGGUAAAAGAAUUAUUUUGUGCAUUUUUUACAUACGGAUUGCAUUUUUGCUGGGCGUUUUGUAUAUUUCAUAUGUGCCACUAAGUUCAAACCUCCCAAAUUAUGCUCAGCUAAGUCUUUUGAGUAAAAAUACACCCCCAAUGAAUGUCUUUGUCACUAUUUUGUGAAGCUACAGUGCCAUAUAGGAGACCAAGCCAUAUCCGUUUUUACCAAACUUUGAAUUUUGACGCUGGGCCUAUGUGCAAUUUCCAAGCAUCUUCGCAGGUUUUAAAUUCAAACUACCCCACAAAGGCCUACCAUUUCUUAAAGUAGACACCCCAGGGUGUUUCAAAAGGUAUAGUUUGAACCUUAGCGUGGGAUCAUUUUUCCGCUAGCUUGUACCAGAUGUAGUGGUAAUAAGCGUUUUUUCUGCCUUUUUGACAUACAAAGUGAGUUUGCACAGUAUAUUUUGCAAACCUUAUGUGUGCUACGACUGUAUAAUACUUCAUAUGUUGCUCAGCUAUGUCGGCUGAGUACAGCAAUACCCCCGUAUGUACCUUUGCCAGGUAUGUGUGGACAUCGGAGGGGCACAUUUGGGACACAGCCAUUCCAGUUUUUUCAAACUUUGAAUUUUUAUGCUGUGCCUAUGUCCCAUUUUAGAGUAUUUUACCAGGCUAUAUAAUCCAAAUUCCCCAUAAAGCCAUACCAUUUCUUAAAGAAGACAUCCCAGGGUAUUUCAAAAGGCAUAUUUUGAACCUUAGCGUGGGAUCAUUUUUCCGCUAGCUUGUACCAAGUGUAGUGGUAAUAAGCAUUUUUUCUGCCUUUUUGACAUACAAAGUGAGUUUGCGCAGCAUAUUUUGCAAACCUUAUGUGUGCUAUGACUGUAUAAUACUUCAUAUGUUGCUCAGCUAUGUCGGCUGAGUACAGCAAUACCCCCGUAUGUACCUUUGCCAGGUAUAUGUGGAUGUUGAAGGGGCACAUUUGAGACACAGCCAGUUUUUUUCUAACUUUGAAGUUUUACGCUGUGUCCAUGUUUCAAUUUGGAGUAGUUUAGACGGUUGGUUAUUGAAACUUCCCCACAAACACAUACUAUUUAUUAAAGAAUACACCCUGGGGUAAUUCAAAAGGCAUAUUUUGUACCUAAAUAAAAGGGUAAAGAGUAUGUUAGAGAUGGUUUAUAUGCCUGAUUGAAACCCCAUGUUCAGUUUUAUUCUGCUCAAUAUAUAUAUUAUACUAACCGAGAAAUUUUGUUUAGAUUUUUUCACAGGUUCUGAAUCAAUCCAAGGUACAUGGUGCAAAGAUAUUCUGCAGACCAUUAUUAGUUUCACACCGCAUAACUGGGCAUUGCAUACAUUGAGCUGUUUUCCAGCACCACUGCAGGUAACUUUGGAUGUGUACAACUGUGUUUGAUAUCAGUUACAGGAAGAUUAUAGUGUUAGGAACACUAUUCUGUACUCCAAACUUUAUAAUAUUCAAAUCCCUACUUGUAUGCAGGUUCAAAGUAAUAUUUUAUAAAAUAUUAAUUUACGUAACAUUUUACAGCACCAUGGCUCAAUAGGUGCUUUUUAGCCCUCUGCAUUCUGACAGCCACAGGAGGAGGAGUUAACUGUGCAAUGGAAACUUUGCAGUUUCUAAUAAGGGAGUUAAGAGGACAGCGACAAUGUUAAACAAAGAUCUGCACACCAGUCCCACAGAAAUCACAAAUCGGCAGUGAUGUUACUACCGCAAAGGAUUCUGGGUGGGCAUAUGCAAAUAAGUUCAACAAAGAAUACAUUUUUUGCCUCAUUCCAUUUUAAACAUGGAUUCCUUUGAGUCUGUCUUUGCUGUAUACAACCGCUUUCAAACACAAUUUAGGAAAAGAUGCUAAGCCAGUGAACCACUCACGGACAGCUGUUUCAUUGUUAAUGCAAAUCAUCAGCAUGAGGAUGGUUACACGUUUGCUUAUUGAGGCUUUUGAAGCAAAAACCCAAAAAGGUGUUAUAUAUACACCCCCCUUAAUGCUCUUAAAUCCAUAAUGCUGGCAAAGCAUCAUGGGAGGUGUAGUCCAAAACAUCUGGAGUGCAAAAGGUUGCCUAUGCCAGCUCUAGGAUGUUGAGAUAUAUAUAUAUAUAUAUAUAUAUAUAUAUAUAGAUAGAUAGAUAGAUAGAUAUAGAUAUAGAUAUAGAUAUAGAUAUAGAUAUAGAUAUAGAUAUAGAUAUAGAUAUAUAGAUAUCUUACACAUUGGAAAAUAUUAUGUAGAAUCAUAUUUUAUAUAGUUAAUGGAAAACUCCAAGCCCUAUAACCACUACAGCGCACGGUAGUAGUUAUGGUGCCAUGAUUGGCCCAAUGCUCUCCCCAUUGUAAGGAAUCAAACCAGUAUUGCAAACGUUUAACAUCUAACCUGCGGUCUGCCUGACACUUCUCCAUGCCUUUACUACCCACACCAGAUAGACAGAAUUUUGUUACCCGAGAUUAUCAGCUGAUAAAAAUCAUGGUCUGGUAAUGAAGUGUACCAACAGGUUUGACUCAUUGUAAUAGGAGGUACCACGGCAUGAACUGUAAUAGUUAUGAUGCUCUGAGUGUCUCGUUUCUAAAUACUAUUUAAAUACAGCUUGUUGUGAUACCAAUUGUUUUAGGGCCAUCAUGCUAACUUGCAAUAUGGUAUACAAUGUAUUUUGUCUGUUAUAUAUGCAACACAUCGUUGACUGCACUUUUUUACAAGACCAUUACUUUUAUUGUUAAGUAAAUGGCUAGCUUUCUGUAACUACCUGACAUAGAAACUAGAGUACCAGAAUGUAUACACUCUAUACACAGUUUCCCAUUAAAUUAUUUACCUUAUUAAGAAUUUUGUGGAUUGUUUUUCUCAUGUCCAACAUUUUUACCUCUGUAUCUUGUUGGUAUUGUUGGCAUUGUUAAUGGACACAAAUUUUAGAAUUUUAUUUAAUUUUUUUUAUUUAUUUUUUUAUGAACAGGCAUUCUUCAAGCAGAACAAUGUACCACAAGAAAGUCGCUUUAACCUAAAAAAGAAUGUGGAGGAAGAAUAUCGGAAGUGGAAGUCUAUGACUAAUGAAAAUGACAUCAUCACACACUUCUCCUUGCAGGGAUCACCCCCUCUUUUCCUCUGUCUUCUCUGGAAAAUGCUGUUAGAAACUGAUCAAAUCAACCAAAUUGGUUAUCGGUAAAUAUAUUUAUUUAGUCUCUAAUUGCUCUUAUUAUAGUACAUUUGUUCAUUUUACAGCAUCUAAGCAAGUGCAUAAGAAUUGAUUUUAAAUCAUUAAUUGGAAUUCCUAGUUCCUAUUGUUUCUUUCAGGAGCUUUGUGUGAAAUAAUUGUCAAAUGAUUUUUGCUCUGGGGGAGCAUUGGAUUCUAAGUGUUGGCAUGUGUAAGGCUUUUGUUCUCUCAGAUGAAACGGCAUAACUUCUAUGCUACAUAAAUUAGAAGCAUCUCUUUUUCUUUUAUUGUGUAGAAUCUUAAAUAUACAGAUAUUUAAGUAUUUGACAAACGUAAACCCACACCUCUUUGUUAUAAUAAUAACAAAUCAGAAUAGACACAUAACAGUAUAGUUUUCUCUGUGGGUAAAUUUAUUUGCUAGAAAAGCCUAUUGGGCCUAGUGUUCCCAAUUAUGAUAGGCCGACAGGCUCCGAUAGAAAGUACUAUACCAGCCAUACUCCCGAGUGUUCUGAAUAUCUGGUGGAGAUGGUGCUGGAAGGACACUAGCAGAAUACAUUUUACACACACCUUGUCAAUCUCUCUCUUCCACCUCUUAACCCAAUAUACUUGUCCAUCCUACAAGCUCCAUAUCUAUUGACUCCCCUCUCUCACAAACUCUGAAUAAUCUCUCCUCAAGACUUGCUUUUCCACUCCUCUAUUUCCUUUUUGACUAGCAGGCAGAAGCUUGCUCCUGGUAUGCAGCAUGGGACAGAGAAAGAGGUGGAUGUACUUAAUGUAGAAGGAAGAGACAUGCCACACAGUGCACAAAGUCAUAGCACAAGUUUUGUUCUUCUACAUAUAGGCUGCAGCUCCAUUAGCCCCUGUGUUAAUCCAGCCCUUUGUAAAUAGAGUUUAAGUCAUAGCAUAUUUAGCACAGCUAGAUCAAUUAAUUUUGUGUGUUGUAACUCAUGGAAGGCUAUCCCACAUUAGACAAAAUUACACAAUUGACAAAAUGAGAUACUAAAUUACUAGGUAAACUUGAUAACUAUGCUAUUUGAAGAACUAUGAUUUACCUUGAUUAUCUGUCGCAAUAUGAAAAAGCAAUUGCAAGUUUGGAAGCUUCAACAGUCUGUAAAGAGUCAAGAACCAAAAGUCAGAUACUAGAUGACCUGCAAGUUUCAUCCAAUAUCUGGCAAGUGCAUAAAAUAAGACCUCUUCAUCCACAGUCACACAAGUCUCUGGUUCUAGCUCAUCCAUACAUAAAAUACAAUAAAGCCGUCUCAUAAACUGCAUAGUACAGUGCACAGUAUCACUUCAAGUAAUUUUAAAACAUACAGCUUAAAAAUUACCGUUAAUAAAGAAAAUGUAUCAAGCUCCUUUAAAAAGGUUGUUUAGAGGGCUGUAUCGUUAGGUGAUUAACGCUGACCAACUGAUGAUAGCAACAAAUAAAUGUAUCUUAAACUUGGAGUCAUUUAAUACCAAUAUUAGUUAGAGGUCCCAAGAGACCCCUGUUUAAAGGCGGGCGAGCCCCAUCUAUAAAAUAUAGAUGAUUUUAAGGGUAUUCUACCCUGGUGAUCACCAUGGUAACUAUAAUUAAUUGACUCUAAAAGAUAAAAUAAAUUUUUAGAGCCAAAUCUUUGUGUCAUGUUAAUCUAAAGCAUCUCUAUUUGAAAAUUGGGCUAGAGGACCCUGAAAUCUGCCUGUGUUUGAAAUAAGGUAUUGUCUACUUUCAAAUAAGGACUUUUUAAUUUGUUUAGUUGCUGAGCUACGCACUAUUAUUUUGUCCUUAGCAGUGGUGGCGAAUAAAUGUUUCUUAAAAUGACUACUUGCACUUUGUGAUUUUAAUUACCAAGCAAGCCCUCACCAUUCAUGAGGUACUUUGGGAAAUAAAUUCUCCCAGUAGUUUUCCACUGUUCAUUGCAGUUGCUUACGUUGUGGUUUAUGCAUGAAUAUCAAUACUGUGCGAGUCAGUGCAUGAAUGUAAUGUCUUUUCUCUUUGUUUUUAGAGUUCUAGAAAGAAUUGGAGCCAGAGCUCUGGUAGCUCACGUCCGAACAUUUGCUGAUUUCCUUGUGUAUGAGUUUUCAACUUCAGCAGGAGGCCAACAGCUCAAUAAGUGCAUUGAGAUGCUUAAUGACAUGGUGUGGAAAUACAACAUUGUUACUCUUGAUAGGCUGAUCUUGUGCCUGGUAAUUAUUCUACUUUUGUCUUCUUACUCCAUGCUAAUUUUUCCAGUUUAUGUAAAGAGUUUGCUUUCAACUUACCUUGUCCAAGUGUGAGUACAACAGAGAUUUCUUUAUAGUGUUGUGGGAGGUCUACGUGAUGAAAUAUAUAUUUGUGAUUGAAUAGUUGUUUGACUGCUUUCUUUCUAUUAGGUUACUUUUUUGUCAUUCAAAUUAUGCUUUGUUUGUUUUUCUGGGAAAAUGCUAAUGGUAGUGUUUUACCCUUUUCUCCUGGUAGGGGGAGUGGUGUGCAAGUCUGCCCAUUCUACUGUGGCAAAACAAAACAUCACAAUUAUUAUAGAGACAAAGCUAUCCAUUUUCUAGUGCAUCGAUGGCUUGUUUUUGGUUUGUGUGUGUACACAAUCUUCCUUUUAUCAAAGAUUCUCUUUACCAUUAAGGGUAUUUUGGGCGAAGGCAUCUAAAACGUUACCAACUUUCCUGAUUUUCAGUCUCUUUAAAGGACAAUUCUCACAUCAAAAACAUUUUAUAUCAGUAAUAAUUAAUUAUUGAAAGGAAAUAUUUAUUGGUUUUAAUGAGGGGUGUGUGUGUGUGUGUCCGUCCGUCCAUCUGUCCAUCCGUCCAUGUGUCCGUCCCUUCAGCCAUACACAUGCACCAGGGAAGACUAUAGGGACUGUCCGUGUAUGUAUAUAGAUUUAUGUAUUGAGAUACUUUUUAAAAAUUAUUUAUUAUCUAUUAUUAAAAAUAUAAAAUCUGCCAAAUGUCUUUUUAUUUUUUUUCUCCUCAGACUUCUCCACAUUAAAUAAAUGUUUAGGCUAUUUAUUUAAAUAUCCAUAAGGAAAGUGUUAUAAUCUACACAUGCAUUUAAAUGAAAUGUAGUGUAUGGUAGACCAAUUAAAGGGACACCAUAGUCACCAGAACAACUACAGCUUAUUGAAUUUGUUCUGGUAAGUAGAAUCAUUACCUUCAGGCUUUUUACUGUAAACACUGUCUUUUUAGAGAAAAUGCAGUGUUUACAUUACAGCCUAGUGAUUACUUCACUUGCCACUCCUCAGUUGGCUGUUAGAGAUCCUUCCUGGGUAAUGGCUGCCUAAAAUGCAUCCAAACAUUCAGUGUCUCCUCCCUCUGCAUGCAGACACUGAACUUUCCUCAUAAAGAUUCAUUGAUUCAAUUCAUCUACAUAAGGAGAUGCUGGUUGGCCAGGGCUGUGUUUGAAUUGUGCUGGCUCUGCCCCUGAACUGCCUCUUUGUCAGUCUCAGCCAAUCCUAUGGGGGAAGCAUUGUGAUUGGAUCAGGCUACCACUUCUGCUGAUGUCAGCAGGCAGUGGGCAAGUCUAAAGGAAACAGGGACUAGGUUAGCAGCUGCAGACUUGAAUACAAGUAAGAUUUUACUAUAUUUAUGGAGGCAUGAGGGGACCAGGGUGGCUAGAUGGUGGUUUUAACCCUAUAGGGUCAGGAAUACAUGUUUGUGUUCCUGACCCUAUAGUGCUCCUUUAACUUUCCACUAUAUAAAUAUCUACCUCCUUUACAAUGUGAUGGUUAACAUGUGCUUUGGUGUUCUUCCUGUAGGCUAUGCGCAGUCAUGAAGGAAAUGAAGCCCAGGUGUGCUACUUCAUUAUUCAGCUGCUUCUUUUGAAACCCAAUGACUUCAGAAACAGAGUGAGCGACUUUGUGAAGGAAAAUUCUCCAGAACAUUGGCUGCAGAACGACUGGCAUACCAAGCACAUGAAUUACCACAAGGUACCGUGUAGCAACAGUAAGCUUGAAUAUGGACAUGAACUGUACUUUACACUUCAACAGGAAUUCAGCACUCUUACUUUUGUUGUGGAGAAUUUAAUUUGCAUUGGUCACAAAAAGGGAAAUGUAGCUUUAAAGGAACACUACAAACGUGUAUUCCUGACACUAGAGAUGUGAUAAUGCAUUUUAGUGAUAAUGCCUUUUUAUAUUGCAACUGUAUGCUUCCAUCUUAGCUCCCUGGCAAUCAUUGUCCUUUGCCACUAGCUGAGAAGAAGAGAAAUGCAACAAUGUUUCUCUUUACCUAUUCAUUUGCAUUGCUUACUUCUGCCUGGAACGCUGCAGCCCCGCUCCAAACAUGCACCUCGAGGAGGACACGCCCCCAACCGUGGCAUGCUAAAUCAACACGCUACCUGCAAAGAUGCUCCCUGUUGGGCUGAACGUUGCUGGAGGAAGUCUCACACCCAGGCAGACUAUCUCCAUUAUAGAUUUAUAUUGUGUUCAUACAGCGCAGCCCUUGCCCUCUCCAAACAGUCAUACUUUUCCUCUCUCAUUAGUUCAUGCUCCCGCAAUCCCAGGCGUUUGACACCUUUAACUCUCUUCUUCGCCCUGCUAUGGCCACCCCCUAAACUAACCUUACAGCAGAUAGCUUUGCAUGCUUGAAUAGCUAAGGAAAGAAUUCUCACCACCUUGCUGUUAUCGUUCUCACCACACGUUGAUCAUGCCUUUCCUACCCUUCAGACUUUCUCCCCGGCUACUGAACAAGAGGUGGCUGUGUUUCUCCUUACCUCUCUCCCCACCACUUGCCAGCUCGAUCCUGUCCCAUCUCACCUUAUCAGAUCUCUCUCCCCCUGUCUUGUGCCUUCCUUAACACACAUCUUCAACUGCUCUCUCUUCUGGCGUCAUCCCUGAGGACCUUAAGCAUGCCACUGUAGUACCUAACCUGAAAAAAACAUCAUUUGAACCGUCCUCCCACUCUAACUAUUGUCCUAUAUUCCUGCUCCCUUUUUCCUCAAAGCUUCUGGAAAGACUUGUCUUUGCCUGUAUGUCUCACUUCCUCAAUUCCAACUCUCACCUUGACCCUCUUCAAUCUGGCUUCCGCCCCCUCUCCACUCUACUGAGACUGCUCUUAUCAAAGUUACUAAUGACCUAAUCGCAGCUAAAUCCAAAGGCCACUACUCCAUACUAAUUCUUCUUGACCUCUCUGCGGUCUUUGAUACCGUUGAUCAUGCUCUCUUUCUUCAAACUCUUCAAUCACUUGGUCUCUGUGACUCUGUCCUCUCGUGGUUUUCCUCUUAUCUCUCCCAACGCUUAUUCAGUGUCUUCUUUUCUAAUGAUACCUCCUCCCCUCGUCUUGUCUCGGUUGGAGUCCCCCAAGGCUAUGUCCUUGGUCCCCUCCUAUUUCAUCUUUCUACUGCCUCUCUUGGCAAACUUAUUACCUCAUUUGGAUUCCACUACCACCUGUACGCUAAUGACACCCAGAUAUCUCUCCUCCCCUGACCUCUCCUCUGCCGUCCUGCAAUGUGUCACUGCUUGCCUUUCUUCCAUCUCACCCCUCUGUCAGUCCUUACAUUGGCUUCCUGUAUCCUAUAUGUGUCCAUUCAAAGUGCUAUGAAGCACUGAACAAUUCUAGCCCCUCUUAUAUCUCUUCACAGAUCCAUAGGUAUGCCCCUUCUCGGUCUCUCCGCUCUGCCCGUGACCUUCUCCUGUCUGCUGCUUGCACCUGUACGGCCAACUCACGCUUGCAGGACUUCUCGCGGGCAGCUCCCUUCCUAUGGAAUAGCCUGCCUACCGCCAUCAGACUCUCCCCUAGUCCUCAAUAAUUUAAAAAGUACCUUAAAAUCUCUCUUUAGGAAAGCUUAUGGCCUCCCAGAGUAACCUCUACCUCACAUACCUGUCUCUUGCUCUCUCAUAAAGGGCAGCACUUUAUUCUCUCCUCCAGCUCUGGUCACUUCUACCUUAUUUGAUUGCUAUUUCCUGUCCUAAUGUGUUUUAAACCCCACCUCCUAUAUACUGUAAGCUCGUUUGAGCAGGGUCCUCUUCUACCUAUUGUUCCUGUAAGUUUUCUUGUAAUUGUCCUAUUUAUUGUUAAAUCCCCGUUCUCAAAAUAUUGUAAAGCGCUACGGAAUCUGGUGGCGCUAUAUAAAUGGCAAUAAUAAUAAUAAUUGCUUGCCCUGGCUUUGCCUACUCAACUGGAUAAGGCUGUACUUUCCAAAAUGUUUAACCCCUUAAGGACCAAACUUCUGGAAUAAAAAGGAAUCAUGACAUAUCACACGUCAUGUGUCCUUAAGGGGUUAAAGGAACCCUGUAGUGUUAGAAAUACAAACAUGUACUCCUAAAACAAUAUGUAUAAGGCUAGUCUGUAUAGCCACAUAAGCCGUGGAAAUACCAGAUAGGUCCUAACAAAAAUGCCUAACAUAGAGCUACAAAAUUGUGGGUAACCCAAAUAUAAUACAGCAAGAAUAAAGGAAACCCUAUAAACAAGGGGGUCCUGAGGUGAAGCUCUAGUGACACAGAGGUACCCUUGUCUAGAAAAUAACUAGAGCGGGUAAGUAGACAGUAACCAGGUGUAAGGAGAAGGGGAGAGGAGGGGGAAGGUAGGUAAGGGUAUCUGUACACAAGUGGUUGGGUAUAGUCAGGAACUACAGGGAAAUACCAGUUCCCAAUGAAGCUAGCUGUAUGUCGCCCCCACACACUUGAGUCUCAAAGAAGUACAGAAAAAAACUCCUACCCACAAUAAUAGGUGUUCCCCCCCCCCCCCAUGGGAUCAGAGAGUUUCCAGAUAUAGAGUGCUAAUAAGUACCAGAGUCUAGGUUAACAUAGCAUAACCUAAAAGUAAGGAGGACUAGCCCUAAUGGUACUCUGGUACCGUGGAGGACUACACUGAUCCUACUUGAACCACAUUUCCCCCCUGCACCUGGCAAAAAUAAUGCUAAAAGUUAAAUAAUCUUAAUAAAGCAUAAGAAAACUUAGUGCUACCGGGUUUAUAAAACUAAAUAAAGUAAAGUGCUCGAUGCGCGUUUCGGUGUAUCGACACUCAGUCGUCAGGAGCUAGGUACUCCUAACCCUAUAGAGAACUGCUCACUGUUUUUUGGUAACCUGGAGAAUACUCAAGGUUGCAUAGAAAGGGAUUCAGGUUAUUAAUAUAGGUACUCCGUUUUAACAGCUGUUGAUAAAUAAGGAAAUUAGACAUUUUUCAUCCUGCAUAACUUUAGCCGAUGACUUAACGCUGAACAUGUUUUUAUAUGAGGUUUUUUUCAAUAUAUAUUUAUUAAAGGUGAAAUAAAGACUAAGUUUUAGCAAUUAUACCACAAAAUUUUUUGUCUGCUCACUGUUUAGGGUGCACUGCGCCAAUCAAAUGGUCUCCAUGAGAUUAUCUGAUUGAAUAGCCGAGUUUAACUUGGCUAUUGUGGAGGAAGCCCUCUUGUGGCUAUCAAUGUGUCAACAUGUGAGGCAUGUUAACCCUAAAAUUAAAACCUUGUCGUUCCUGCAAAACAAAUAAAAAGGAGUGUUUUCAGUUGCGGAGUUAAAACAGUAGGGGCAAGGCACCCAUACUUCAUUGAGAAAUUAAUUUAAAAUUGUUCAGUGUUUUUAUUCAAUGGUAUAAAUUCCAUGGAUGUGACCGUUCUCCUUUUAGUAAAUCAUUUUGAAAAGUACUUGAUACAUGAAACUGUGAAUGAUUUUUUUUUUCUCCAUUUUUAAUUUUUAUUUCUUUAAAGUUACAUAUUACCAUUUAGUCUUCUACACUGCAGACCUAUUUUUUUCCAGUGUUGAUUCAUAAUAAUGUAGUUAUUUUGUAUGCAUGAAUUAUUAAUCUUUGUGAUUGUCUCUUUUGAUUGAACUAAGGUUAAAAGUGAUUUGCCUAGAUAAGGGGCAAAUCAACUUGCUGAUUUGAUAUAUCUUAACAUAUCUUGUGUAGAAAUAUCAUAAAAUAAAAAUGUUUUAUGAAUCUUUACAUUAUUAAUAUCCUUGUUCUAACUACACAUUUUGUUACGGUUUCCAGAAAUAUCCAGAGAAGCUGUAUUUUGAAGGCCUGGCUGAGCAAGUAAACCCACCUGUGCAAAUCCAGCCUCAGUAUCUGCCAAUUUAUUUUGGAAAUGUUUGCCUUCGUUUCUUGCCUGUGUUUGAUAUAGUCAUCCACAGGUUUCUUGAGUUACUUCCAGUCUCCAAGUCCUUGGAAACACUGCUUGAUCAUCUUGGAGGCUUAUACAAGUUUCAUGGUGUGUACCUUCUAAUUGAUGCCAUCCCAGCACAUAUAUAAUGUCUUGCCAAAAAAUAACUACGCAUAAACAUUUUCGAAAUAGUUUGUGACCAUUUAGAAACCAACGGUCGGAACAUGCAGACUUCAAGCACCAUGACCACUUUAGUUUACUGAAGUGGUCAUGCUGCUUGGAGUAACCCUUUAAAUAUACUCCACUAAUUUAAUGCUAAAGUUUCUUUAUUUGUUGUUUAAUGAAAUGCAAAUUAAUAUUGUCACUAGGCAAACCAUUUGACCCACUAAUAUCUUGGAUAUCAUCACAUGGAAGAAGUGGUGGAGUCCAGUGUAUGCUGUGUUAUAUAAAACCACAUAUUUACUACAGAGUAGUGGGCUACCAAAUCAUAUUGGACACUGAAUAACAAUUGUUACUAUACGUUUAUAGAUCGACCAGUCACCUACUUGUACAACACACUCCAUUACUAUGAGAUGCAUCUUCGGGAGAGGACAAACUUGAAACGCAAACUUGUCCAUGCUAUCAUUGGGUCUCUGAAAGAUAAUCGACCUCAAGGAUGGUGCUUGAGUGAGACUUACCUCAAGUGUGGUAUGAAUGCCAGAGAGGACAACCCUUGGAUCCCUGACGAUACAUAUUAUUGCAAGCUCAUUGGCCGAUUGGUUGACAAUAUCCUUUUUCUUUGCUGUGUAUAUGAGGAAUAUAUUUGCAUGAAGGACAAUUAAUAUAAAUAAUUGAGUGUCUGAACUACUGUUGGGACCUGAAAGUGUUACUUCAGAUGUACUCUAAAUAAAAAAUAAAAUAAAAAAAGUAAAGUCCAGUAGGGCCCAGGUGAGAAAUGUUUCUAUAAGACUAUUUCUGUCCAACAAAGUCAACAGGUAUCCACCCAACUGAUAUUUUUGUUUAGUAAAUUAAGCGCGCGUGUGUGUGUGUAUGUGUGUGUGUAUAUAUAUAUAUAUAUAUAUAUUUAUUUUUUUUAUUUUUUUAUUAUUAUUAUUUUAUUUCCUUAAUUAUCUUUCACCCAUGGCUGGUAAAUCUCCCGGGCCUUUUCCAAACUGUGAUUGGAGGUUCAACGAGUUUCCUAAUCCAGCAGCCCAUGCACUUCAUGUUACCUGUGUAGAGCUCAUGGCUUUGGCUGUUCCAGGCAAAGAUGUUGGAAAUGCACUUCUGAAUGUUGUAUUAAAAAGGUAAAUACAGAGGUUGUCCAUUAUUGUGCUUAGAUUUUUUUAUUUACCAAACGUAGCAUUCCAGAAUUUCUUUCUUUGACACUUUUUAUAUAUGUCAAGAGAGAUGUCAUUACUCUUUUCAAGAUAUUUGCAAGAUAUUAUUGCAGAGAGAAAAGAAUACAAUACCAGUGGGAAGAAGAGGGGGGAGAAGAAUAAGGAAUACUUUUGUUUAUUAAUCUUCUGCCACAUGUAAUUUCACUAAUUAUAAAUAAUACUUAUAAUAAUAUCAGUUAUCUGUAAGAAUCCACUAAUAAAUUCAAUUCAUGAGAAGUCAUUUUUAUUAUCCUCUCUCUCAGGCACUACAGCAGUAGCUUAAAUAUAAUUUUAUUAAAAGGGAACCAUAACUCCUUUUUUUUUUCUUUUUUUUUUAAUAGUUCUUUUCCUUACAUUUUGCAUUUACCAAAUGUGUAUAGUGUAAAAAACAAAUUUAUGAUUUAGCUACUGGACCUUAUGCUUCUUAUUUACCCACCUACCAUUUUAUUCCUUAUGCAAAAGAUAUAUUCCUGAUCUUUGUUAUGCAGCUUACAAUGGUCAAGUGCUAAUUUACCUGUAGGGACCAGACAAGUUUUAAUAUGCUUGUAUUAUUUUGGCUUUCCUAUAGCCAGCCUCUUGUUCCAAGAGAGAACAUCACUGCUUGGAUGAAUGCAAUUGGACUCAUCAUUACAGCCUUACCAGUAAGUUGAAUUCUUUAACAUUAUUAUUGUUCUUCAAAAUAUAAAUUAUAGGGUAGUAAAUUAGGAAAGUAUAAAUAUGUUUUAUGUUAAGUUUGCACUCACAAUGUUAAAUGAUUCAAAGGCCCAUCAUCCUUAAUCAGAUAUGAAAUCAAACACUCUUCUUAGUGAAACAGUUUUCAUCCAAGAUCCACAUAAUUACAUUUUUUUUUAAAAUGGACAUAUGGCUCAGAUAAUUUUUGGUUAAAAUGCCUGUCUUUUGAUGUUGGUUCUAGAGAGCGCUCUUUAGUUUUGGUUGAAUAAUUGUCAGCAAAAAAGGCAGAAGACACCUGCUUUGAGAUUACUGUUGGUACAAGAGUUAAAUGUCAUAGUAAAAAAUUAAGAUUAUUUAUUUACUUAUUUUUUUAGUCCAUGCUUCCAGUUGGACGUUAAAUAAUAAUACCAAAACUGAUCAAGCAAUUUAAAAUUCAAGUUUAUGGAGUAUUAACAUUUUUUAUGUGUGAAAACUAUUUAGUGAUGUAUUAAAUGACUAGAAAUGUAAACUUUUCAGGAACCCUACUGGAUAGUUCUGCAUGAUCGGAUUGUAAGUGUUCUCAACAGUCCAAGCUUGACAUCCGAGUCUGAAUGGGUUGGUUACCCCUUCCAGCUCUUUGACUUUACAGCUUGCCACAAGGCGUAUUCUGAAAUGAGUUGUAGUUACACAUUGGCUUUGGCACAUGCUGUGUGGCACCAUUCAAGCAUUGGACAGCUCUCACUCAUCCCCAAGUAUGUAUAUUUCUUGCAGAGUUGUUGUUGUUUUUUUCAUUUUAGUAUGUCAGACCAACUAAUUAUAUGGUACGUGGAACAGUUUAUUGUUCUGUAGCUGCUUUGUAUUAAUUUACUUCAACAGAAGUAGGUAAAGUAAACAUUUUUUUUUUUAACCUGCAGGUUCCUUCCUGAAGUUCUUAUACCCAUCGUGAAAACAGAAUACCAGUUACUUUAUGUGUACCAUCUAGUAGGCCCAUUCCUACAGCGCUUCCAGCAGGAACGAACCAGGUGCAUGAUCGAGGUAAAUAGAUCAAAGAGCAUUCAUUAAUUCUAUAAAUGCAAGUAAAUCCUUCUGAUUUAUUAAUGAAAUUUCACAUCAUACAAUACUAUCCAGUGACAACCUCUAUGCCAUUCCUCAAAUGCCUAUAUGUAAGAAGAAUACUUGCAUGUUAAUUCACCCAAAAAACUUUUAUAUAUUUUAAUGUACCCCAUCCCCUAAUCGUACUCAGCAGGUGGGGCUGCUUUUUAACUAAGAUCUUAGUUCCCCCCCAGCUCCAACCUAUUGCCUCUAGAUGGGGGCUCUAAUUGUAAUAUGGGCAGUGAGGGUGGGUGGGGUGGAGGUUAAUUAUCUAUAAUUCUCUAGUAAAUUCAAAAGGAUUUAAACAUUCGUAAAACCCUAAACAUAUUUUGGGAUUAAGUACCUUUUUUGUUUGUUUGUUUUUUUAAAAUAGAUUGGUGUGGCCUUUUAUGAAAUGCUUCUAAAUGUAGAUCAAUGCAGUGUUCACUUAAACUUCAUGGAUCCCAUCUGUGACUUCCUGUAUCACAUGAAGUAUAUGUUUACUGGAGACAGUGUGAAAGAUCAAGUAAGUGGACAAUAAUUUAUUGCUGAGGCACCUUGUUGUUUAUGAAAAAAAUGCUAUUUAAUCACUUUUCUACUUUUAAGCUAAAACCAAGAUAGCAUGAACCAGUUAGCAAGUUCAGUAUUGUCCUCUGACACUGACCACUUGUGCAAAAGCCAGCAUUUUAAUUGUAGUGUCUGCAGAGGUUAUGUAGUAUGCAGACACUCUUAAUGAGUAUUAUGGCAAAGUGAUCAUCUUAAUUGUAUCAUCACACCCCUGCCAUGACACCUCUAACUGUGUCAGUUGAAUUAGUUGCAGGUUUAUUUUAUGCAACAGUUUGGCAUGAUUCUCUUUGAUGAGAAGCCCUGUAAAUUUAGUUAGGAUAUCCGAAUAGGAAAGAGAUGUAGCCAUUAACCUUGUGUAUAUAUAUUUCUUGGUUUUGUAAGGUAUGGACCGAUGAUACAGUUUGCAGAGCCUGUGGCUUGCUUUUAUUAUUUUUAUAAAAGGACACACUGCUUUAAUUGUCAUGCAGAGACAAAAGUGUAGAUACUGGUCUUUUACGAUGGGUUAUAAACAAUAGUAUGUCACCUGCAAAGAGAGCACUGGAUGUUUGAAGACCGCUGAUGAGGUGGUCUCGUUUAAUAUAUUGCACUAGGGUUUCCACUGAAAAUAGGACUAUCCAUGGGUUAGGGACUGCCUUGCAGGAAACCAUUGGAGAUAUUGAGUGGUAGAUUAAACCUGUGUUCAUAAUUUUAGCUGAGGGAUAGUAAUACAAUGCCAUAAUACUCUACAAAAAAAGGAGAAACUAAAUCUUUUUGAAAUGGCUCUCAUAUAUUUACAGUUUACGUGAUAAAAUGCCUUUCAGCCAGUAAGAGGCCUAUGGUAUGAGAUGAAUUGGCAACCUGCAAUAAAUCUGGGAAACAUCUAGUGUUAUCCCCUGCUUGGUGCCCUGGAGCAAAUCCUGCUUGCUCUACUGACACUAAUUGCUGUAAAAGGGGACUCAGUUGUGUGGGCAGUAUCUUAGCUUAUAAAGCUUUGUGUCUACUUUAAGCAUAGAUGUAGAACGAAUAUUAGCACCCAACGUGUGUGGUUUCCCUGGUUUUGGUAAGAAAAUGUUUGCAUUUCCUUGGGGAUGGUGCUCAAUCUGUUGACUUAGCCUGCCUGUGACUACUACAUGCAACAUGACAAAAAUGGUUUCGUUUUCAAUAAGAUCUUACACCACAGUGUGUUUACUUUAGAAGUUCUUAUCACCUGCUCUUUUAAACUUUUAACACACAAGACCUCUGCAGGUACUAACAGUUUAUUAAUUGAGCAUGGGUUAUAAAUUAAACACACUGUGCAAUAUAGGAAGUUUAAAAAUUAGAUCUUUCUUUACAGGAAGUGUUUAUGGAGGCUGUGUGCAUCACAGCCAAGGAGACGUGGCUAGGGCUACAUAAAUACAUUUAUUUAACUCCUAAACAACAGAAGAUUGAGCACUGAGACUGUAGGUGCAUGUUCUGUUCUCCACAAUAACUUAUUUAAUUUUAAAUUGUUUUUGUGCUUAUAGUGUCCCUUUAAGCCACAAACAUUGCUGAUGGAUGCAUAAAAUCAAGCACAAAGUCAUGUAAUCAAUAAAAGGUGCAUAAAGAUAUUUAUACAGUGUUCAGUAUACACCUCUUAUUGCAUUACAUGUGUCUUAUGUUACCCAAACCAUGUAUCAACAUACAAUGCAGCUAAACAGUUACUUAAUAAUCACUUAUCCCAUAGUGUUAAAGGGAAUAAAACAUAUGCAGCGCUCAACAUGUUCUGCUUUCCAUUUCAGGUAGAGAAGAUCAUUUGUAACCUCAGGCCAGCAUUACAGCUUCGUCUCCGUUUUAUAACCCACAUCAGCAAGCAGGAGCCAGUUGCUGCACCACCACCUCCCAUGAACAGUGGCUCUCCAGCACCCCAAACAAGUCAGGUUCCAGUCAAUGUGACCUUACCUGUAACCCAAUAACAGUAUUGCGACUGACAUGGUUUUUCUUUCUUUCUUUUUUUUUUUUUUUUCAAUGACUGAAAAGAACGACAUCAGUGAAGAAGGAACAUGAUUAUUUUUGUAUUUGUCUACAAUAGACCUUUUUUUUUUUUUUUUGCACCAUUUUACUUUGGAUUACUAUAACAUACGUGAUCAUUGGGAACUUUUUAUAUUUUUUAUCAUUUUAUUAUACCUAUCGACUCAUACAAGAGAAACAGACAUUCAAGGUGUAAAUUAUUAUACUUAGCAGUCCUUUAUUCUUGUGAAUACACACUUCUGGAGAAAUAUUUUUUUCCAACUGAAUUGUCCAUUUUACACAUUGUAUCCUUUAAACUGUUGUAUUGUGAUGCCUAUUGCUAUAGGUGUACUGUACCUUUUAGGAAAUGGCUUGGUCUUGAGCAUUUUUGCAACUUCUUUGUAUAGUUUUUCAACUACAUUAAAAAAUAUAUAUAUAGCAACUGGAAAAAAAUAAUUGUAUUCACCAUUAAAUCCUCCAAUAUUGAUGCACAAUAUAAGAUAUGUAUGUUUUUCGGUAUGUCUUCUAAAUCACUUUGCUCCAAGAAUGAUUUAAGUUUGCCAAACCUUUAACUUUGUGUUCACUUUACAAAGUCAAAGAAAGGAACACUCCAAACACCAUGAACUGACAUAACACCAUGUAAGUAUUCAUACCAUUUUACCAUAAAUCAUCCACUAACCCGAGACAAAAUCCCCAAUUAAAGAGCUUGCAUCUCCUCAGAGUAAGCUAAAGCUUACAAUGACUGUGGUUCACUCGGACAACAAUUUUUAGUGUCUGGGAGUCAAUCAAGGUCUAUAGCUCUACUUGUCUUAUUUAUGAGUCGUCCAUCAUGGUGUGGACCAGUACAGAGAUUGGCUUCACACCUGGGCUGAGGUAUCCAAUCACUAGGACAGCCUGUUACAGGAAUCAGAAGAUGGAGCAGUGUCAGACAGAGGUUUCCAACAACUCCCCAGUACAUGUUGUGAAUUCCAUUACAGCACAGUGUCUUAAAUUUAUCAUUGUAGCUGGUCCUGUAUCUUACAUGUAUCAUACUGACCAUAUGAUUACAGCAUUUUUUUUUUAUCUUCUCUACAAUUUUAACCUACCUAUUUAUUUAUUUUUUUACUAAAUAGCAUCUUAACUAAUAUAACUACUGUAUAACACAUACAGACCUCACUUUAACCCUAAGUGUAAUGCCAUAAAUCAUCCACUACAGCCUGUCACAAGACUCAGAUGAUUGUGUUUGGUUUCCAACAACUCCCCAGUACAUGUUUUGAAUUGCAUUGCUGUACAGUUUCUAUUGCAAGGCUACAAAACCUCUGUUAAAUGUGCAUAGGGAUUUGGUAUAGUGCACACUAUGUAGAAAUUCUUUUUGGUUUUAUGCCAGGAAUAUGUGAAAGAUACUGUGCUCCAAUAUGCUACACAGCCAGCCCUGUGUUUACCUCUGUAGUCACAAACUAUGAAAUAUCUACACAUAAGUAUAAUGGUCUUCACAAUCACAUCCACAACAAGACUUGGUGUAAAACGCUAUCAGAUCAAGUCUAGCUCUCAAGUCACUUUUUGCAGUAAGCAGGCUGCCUGUAUAAUCUCUCAAGGUGACAGUUACCUCGGUGUUCACAUUAAUGUAAGCACCUACAAGUACCCUGUCUGUGGAGACUGAUGGAUAUUAUAUUAUUUAGUUAGAUAGUUAAUUAAGCUGGGCAAUGCAUACUCAUACUGUCUACAUUACCCCUAUGAAUAGGGCAGGCACAGUUCCGAAUUCCACCAGCUGAAGAUCUUCAAAAUGAAAACAUAUUCUAGUGCAACACUGUAUAGAUAUUUGCAUGCACUAUUAUAUGUUUUCAUUUUGUAGAUCUUUAGUUGUAUCCUCUAUACUGUGUUGGAACUAUAUUGUGUUUAAAUGGAUACAAUCUGGGAUAUCACUAGAGGAAGCUGUUAUCAAUAUCUAUUAAAAUAAGUGUUUUUUCACCACAUUACUCUCUUUUGGCGUAGGUGAUACUAUUGCAGUGGUUUUGAUGUACAG